AGAGAGAGAGAGAUGACCUCAUAUGGCAUAUAGCCUACUUUCGUUUUGACCUGAGGUGCCCCAUCGCAGCACAGGAAAAGCUCUGAUGUUAUGGCGAGCAGAGCCUUUUGCCCCCCCUGACAGAUGACAGACCGAUCUUUAACGCGUUAUUAUCGAUACAAACGAUAACAAAUUGAUCUAUCCGAUCGGGCCUGCGAAUGAGGGAAGAAGCAGCAGCAGCAGCGAUAAGGCCACUCGCUUUAGGAGGUCCAGCACGGUUCACUCCACAGCCUCCCAUAUAUUUUAUUCAAUAGUUAUUAUGACUUUUUAUAUUUUAUAAGCAAGUGUAAACUUAAGAAGAGAUACGGCAGCUUUCUCAUUAUGUUUACAGUCAGCGGGCGUGUAAUAAACGAGCUGGUGGAGUUAACAUGCGCUAUUAAUUUUUCAUUGCUUUUCCGUUUCGAGGCUCGCGCGCAAAAAAGCAAAACAGCCAAAGCUUUUUCAUGGUGGAUGGAGGGAAGGUAGAGGAAGAGGGAACACUUAGACAACAGCGAUGCCUCCAAAUUGCCUCCGAAUGAUUAUCACAACUCAACCACAUUCUUACUGAUGUUUAAAAAAGUCAACGCACCCCUCUUCUUUUCCCUUCCCCUCCUCAUUCCCUCCUAGCCUCCCAUUUCCAAGGUAAUGAAAUAUGGUAAUGGAUUUGGACCCCCGGAUUAAAGUCAUCCUACCCUAAUGGAAGUUUCCUCCAAAAUUUCAACCCUAAAGCAACAACAAUUUGUAUACAUGAUUGAUUGUGUUUGGAUUUUUUAAUUGCUUAUGUAUUUAAUUUGCAAAUCGAGGAGACAAGGGCGACAACUGCAAUUUACUUCUGUGGGAAAGAGAAGCGUUGGUGUCUGAAUCUUAAUAAAUAAAAAAAAACAGACUCGGGCUGCAAAGAGAGAACGAGCAUGAUUAGGAUGAUUUAUCUCCCCAAAGAGUUUCCUAAAUGUGAUAUCUUUGUUUUGUGUGUUUUUCAUAGUGAUGCCACGAUUUAAGACAGCAAGGGUCAAGUUGGGCACCCUGCUCCACCAGUCCAAAAUAUUAUUUUAGUUUUGUUUAUGUGGAUUAGAAAAAAAUAAUAUGAGGAUAUAGAAUUCAUAUGCACUUUAACGUGGGUAUAAAAAGUAAAUAUCCUUAUAUUUCCCUGUUAAGUAGUGCCAUUGUACACAAAUCCUGUGUCCCUCUAUCCGUUUCAUAAAUGGUCUAAAUUUCUAAAUUUGAGGCCCUGGCUUUGAUUCAUAACGUAGGCCUUCUUCUUUUUAAGAAAAACAUCUAAAUUGAACUCUCAGCUUUGUGAGAAUAAGGAGAGUCAAUGUCAGAUUCAGAUUCGUGCAGAGGCCCUGGUUUGGAAACAGAUGUGAAAUAUGAUUGAGGAUUAUCGUGCAUGUGUCGAGGUGUGCUUUACUAUCAGUAGAUUAAAGAGAAAAGAACCAAUAAAUAUUAUAAAAUCUUACACACUUGAGAUAGAAAGAAGAAGUUCAGAGGUAAAAAAGAAAAAAUCCCAGAGUUGAUUUCUGAAGGUGUCUCCUAAAGGCCCUGCUGCUGCUGCUGCUGCUGCUGCUGCUGCUGCUCACAUUUUGGUCUGUUUCUAUAGCUGUCUGUAGAAAACUCUACAGACUACAAUAGUGUUGAUUAUUAAGUUCCUGUAUGUCUUUGCGCGUGUAUACAGCUGUGUGCAUGCUCGUGCGCGUACAGACAGGCUCGUUGCCCACAGCCAAACGCCCCCUCGUGGCUGUUCUUGUCAAAAGUUCCACCUUGAGACCCUUUCGACAAAGAGCCAAACCUAAAAAGAUCCCUCAAAUAUAAAAAACCGUCAAAUCCUCCCUCCACACACUGUUUACGAGCUGACAACACUGACUGAAAUAAGGAGUUGUUUUUUUAUGAGAACAUCCUGAGUGUUUGGGAGAAGUCCAGUCCACUCUGGAGGCAAGAAACCAAUAAUUCAAAGCGAAAAUUCCUCAUUUAAAAAAAUCUGAAAUUAAAUAAACUCAAUAAUAUCAUACAUUGACCUUUACAGGAUCAGAUGCAUUGCCCUAAGGCGUUUAAAAACCUAUAAGUCCUCUGAGGACGAACCAGAAAAGUCCACAAGAAGCCUGAAAAUCUUGUUUUUAUUGUGUUUCUGUUGUGCGUAAUGGUUCGAUUAUUAACCAUCCCGCUGCAUGCAUGCUCUGUUGUAUCUUGUAUGAGUGCUUUACAGGCUCUGAUCGCAUGAUAUGUGUGAAAUGUAAGUGUUUAAUGCUCUCUGUAUAAACACUGUGGAUCUGAAAUGAUUAAAUGUCCAGAAAGAGGAAGAAGGGAAAUAACACUCUUUAAUUUGGCUCAUGCUUUAGGCUAUUUGUGUGUUUAAUAUUACAGGGGCAAGGCUCAGAUAUGCUCUCUGAAAUCAGGUGGGACGAACAUGGAAUGAAUCUCUCUCUCUCUCUCUCUCUCUCUCUCUCUCUCUCUCUCUCUCUCUCUCUCUCUCUCUCUCUCUCUCUCUCUCUCUCUCUCUCUCUAAGUUUAAAUGCGGAGCUCACCAAUUGCAUUUCAUUAAACAGCACGUCUGUUUGAAUCCGCAAUCAAUUAGAUAAUGAGUGGAAAUACAUGUUUCAUGUGUUUUUUUUCCCUUGAUUCAGCCCAAAGCAGAGGAUUUAUAACAAUGUGAUGAAGGAGAGGUAACUGUUUUCAUAACCCUCCAUUUUGUGAGGUUAUUAAAAUGAAUGGAAAGCUUCCGGUCAUUUAGGGAAGUUCUCUCUAUAAGGAAAGAGUCUCUCAAUUGUUGAGUCGAACAAUUUAUUUUAACCCCUUUAAGUUUUGAACAAAUGCUCUUCAAGUUCGCUUGGUUAUUAGCUUUGCAGCCAUAAUACUCGAUCAAUUAGCCUUUUAAUAUUGACAUGAACAAAUUGAGCGCAAAUGGAUAUAAAGGCAUUAAGUUUCUUUCUUCGUUAAUUGAAAUUAAACAUAUCAUCGGACUCCCUCAGCCCCUGCGUCGCCUCACCUCGCUCCCCUCAUUGGUCGACGUCCAAUACAUGCGGGGCGUCAUUGGCCCACGGGAUUCGCACCAGCCAAUCAGCGAACGCCUCCGCUCGAGUCUAUCAGGGGGUUGGCGAUGACGCGAGGGCAGCGCUCGCGUUGUGAUUGGCUGGCUCCGCUGAGAGUGACGGGCAGCUGGCCGGCGCGUGUAGGUUAGGGUUCCAGGGGUUUGGAAGCGCGGGCGCUGUCCGCACGAGAGCUGGUCCUGAAACGCCGCGUGCGCCAACGUGGACGCUGGAGGGGCGCAGGUAGACAGUAUCCGUGUGUUUUUUUUAAAGAAAGCCCGUUUUAAUGUCCACAUUUAGGUUAAUUUCUGGCGUUUCUUGGCUCGAGCGCGGUGAAAAGUGCCCUCGAGCAGGACUGUUUUUGAGCGCGAGGAGUCUUCAAACUCAGACGUAUAAACCCGGGAGUCCAGCAGCUCCGCUCGUGCAGUGAGUCCCGGUCCACAAAGAGGGCACGAGAGAGACAAACAGGACAACAACUCUCCCCCCUGCAGACACGGCAGCACACUUUACAUCCUAUUUCUGAGUCUUUUUCUUCAGAUUUUGUUCGUUUCGUUUGUUGUUUUUUUGGUUCUGGAUAUGAGACUUCAAGAUGUGAGCCUUCCUCUGCUCUUCAUGGAGAUUAUUACCAAGUGUUAAUCCAAAAAAAACAAACAGCUGCUGAGGACCUGAAGAAAUGUGCUGCACAGACCCCCGAAGACAAAUUCUGUGGAUCUCUAAAGAUCAUUUUUAAGACUGUUUUUUUUUUUUUUUUUUUAACAUCUUAAGCUCAGCCCCCCACCGGUGAAAUCGCAGUUCAGGGGUCACGGCCAGCGGACCGAGAAGGAGAGGAAAAAGGAGGGAGUGAGGACACUUUUUUGGCUCCUUAUAUUUUACUCUUUUUUUUGGUGUUUUUUUGAAUGAGUUUUGGUGGGACUGAGGUGAGAGGAGCAGCUGAAGGAAUGAGCUCUGUUUCCCUCCUCUGGUUUUGGGGACAUGAGCAGAGCCCCGAUGUGGUGUCCCGUCCCCAUGAGGAGGGAGCCUGUCUCUGAUUCUUCUCAUUUUUGACGCCAUUUCUUUCUUUCUUCUCCCCCACCUGAUAAAACUAACAUUUUUGUAUUUUUUUAUACAUCUAUUUUUUGUCAAAGUGAAACAUCUCAUUUUUUUAAUUACGCACGAAAACUUAGACCCUCUCUUUGUAAGGGCACUGGCUCAUUUUCUCAUUUUUUGGAGCUCACGGUCUGUGGGUAAAGUGGUCCGUGGCGUUUUGAAGUCCCCACUCAUACUGUGACUAUCGGGGGCCUCCAGCCCCACCGUAGUGAUGGAGAUUCACUGCAAACACGACCCGUUCGCUGCCAUGCACAGUAAGUUGACAUGUUUAUAAUUCCGAAACUAUCCAUCUGAAAUAUCCUCACACACAUUAUCGAGGCUGGAAUAGGAACAACAGAGAACAAAUAUACGAUAUUUUAAGUAUUUCCAGCUGCAAAAAUACCUUCACUUUGUGUGGACCAGUCGUCAUUUUGACCUUUUUUAACGACACAACACAUGAAAACCUGCAGAAUAGGCGAAUAUUUAGACUCCUUGUGAACCGGAUUGUAACACUGUUAUCACAUUAUAUUUUUAUUGAAUGGUUGAUAUGUACUCUAUUUUUUAUUAUGCCAAAAUAGCGCAGGUUACACUUUAGACAACUUGUGCGUUCAAUUCAUUUCCCCCUAUUUCUCCCCAUUUUGUGCGAAAUUUCGUGGAUGUCUCCGCGCGGGGUUGAUAUUUUUUGUAGUGUUUUGAAUGAGGCAGAAGUUUUCACACAUUUUUUCCCCCGAUUUAUUUUGCAUCUGUCUUGUAGUAUUUUUGCAAACGACGAGGAGCUGAAGGGAGUUACUUAAAUGUGAAAUGCGGUUUGUUGUAAUGUGGGUACGGUUUGAGGAGGAGGAGGAGGAGGGGUGCAGAGGAGAGAAGGAGAGGGUAACAAAGCAUGACUAAAAGCUGGACUUGAUCCUUUAACAGCAACAGUGCUUUUGGUUACAUGGACACUCUUGUAUAAUAAAAAAAAAACAACAACGAGGAGGAGGUGAGACUGUGUUGACCUCUUGAAGGAGCUCCAGGUCAGGCUGGUCCAGUCGCUCUCUUCUUGCUCAAGGGUAUUUCUGCAGAGCAAAGGUUCUCUUCUUGUUCAGUCAGUCGUGACAUGGCUGGCCCUGCUUUGUUUUUUAAUGCUAACUUUGCUUCUCCGUGAACAGAAGAAAACUCCUUUCACAUUUUAAAAAAAGUUACACGGGCUUAGGGAGUGUAAAUAUCAGAAAAAAAAACACAGACAAUGCCUCCCUCUAAAAAUACAAGUUAAAGCAACAGACAGAAGGGGGUUGUUGCUUAUGCGUAAAAAUUUGGAGAUGAAUUUAUCCUGAAGCAUAUCAGCAAAAACGCUUUUUAAGAAGCUUUUUAUUUUUGACAAAGGCUGAAAAUCAAUGAAAAUAGUCAAAAAAAAAAGUGGAUUUGACCGGAUAAAACGCGUAAAAGGCCUUCACUGCUGUUAACUCUGAGAUCAACCGUGCUCUGUGACUGACACAGGUUCCCACGGUGCGUUUUCUUGCUGGACUCUAAAGAGAACACACACACACACACACACACACACACACACACACACACACACACACACACACACACACACACACACACACACACACACACGCCUAAAAUAAGGAAAUUUCUUGAACGAAUCCCGUUUCCUCUUUUGUCAUGCAGCUCGACCAAAGUCAGUGAUCCGCGCUGCUGCCGGUAAAGAGCGCAGCUGAAGUUAUAUAUGUCAGAGCCCUGAGACGCUUUAAAACGAUUACACCCAAGAAUGUCAGAGAGAGAGAGAGAGAGAGAGAGAGAGAGAGAGAGAGAGAGAGAGAGAGAGAGAGGUAGUUAGGCGAAUAAGUGUAGUUAGGCGAAUAAGUGUGGAUGUGCCUCAGUGUGUGUGUGUGUGUGUGUGUGUGUGUGUGUGUGUGUGUGUGUGUGUGUGUGUGUGUGUGUGUGUAGUAGUAGUAACUCUUCAGUGCAUCUAAGUUCACAACAUCUGCCGUGUUUGUCGUGUAUGUGUGUUUGACAGUGGUUUAUAUUUCAUGUUAUUUAAGUUUUCUCACUCUGACCCUGUGUAGUGUUCACAAGUCCAAUGUCCAAUACUGCUGUUAUGAUUUUACACCAUUAUACCAUCUCUAUUUUUUUAUUAUGCUAAACUUAUUACAUCUUUCUCUUCACAUAAGAACCAGAAUUGUGGAAAAAUAGCUCACAGGCCGGAGCUGCUCCUCUAUGAUUUAACAGCUUCUUUUUUUUGCACCAUCAGCAACAAUAUGCAGCUUGGGUAUAUAUGGCAGUGAUGCUUUGAAACAUCUAAAGCAGAUAAUUGUGAUGAUAAUAAGCUGAAUUUCAUGAUCACAUAUUGAAAUGGUAAUGGCAGCGUGCUGAAUUUAAAGCAGGCAAGGCUGUGGCCUACCUUUUGGAGAUGUAUAAAGCCUACCCUAAAGAAAAGAGGUCUGAAAAAAAAAACACAAGACUGCAGGUCAAAAUAAGUCAAUGAUAUAUUAGAUUAGCAUGGAAAGGAACAUGUUCAAGUCAAACCUGCCCAUUAAAAAAAAAAACAGAAAUGAUGGAAAAGUAGCACAGACAUAUAUUAACAUAUAAGUUAUUGAAGUUUUUCUCUUCCACUAGUUAAUCUGAAGAAUUCAUGUGGCUUUGGUUAAAACAUGACAAUACCAUUUAACAUUCUUGCUAAGAUAAGUCACCUUAUUUAAAGAGAAAGAAAAAAAUAACAGUCCACGUCCACGCUCGCCUUUCUUUCCUGGCACAUCUCUCACAUCUCCUCACUUGUUUGCUCAGGAAAUGUGCUUCAUCUGUAUUCUCGCGGGCAACUUCCCAAACAGGUUCUCCGCCAAAAGUCAUUUCUACCUCCCCCCUUUUCUUUUCCUCCUCCAUGAGAGAGAGAGAAGAGAGAAAAGGACAACCAGUGGCGUUGUUUUGUGAUUUUUCUUGCGCUUUUAUUUUUGAGUCGUCAGGCCGUGACGAGGCAGAUGAGAGAUGAAGAAGUGAGAAAAAGAGAGAGAGAGAGACAGACAGAGGGAUGGUAGCAGGAAAAAGAGACACAGCUCUAAUGGACCUUAUUUUCUGGAUGGGGGAGCUCGAAUAUAUUCUGCUUUAUCGCUUUAUUUUUUUUCCUCCUGGAAACAGUGAAUCAAUCAAACAUUUAAGGAGGUACAGAGCUUUAAAGUCUGCUCCUAUAAAAGGUAAAUAAAUAAAAUACUACAGGGAUGCAUAAUGACCCCUGCUCUCUGUGCUGUCACUCUCUCUGUCCCCUCUCUGAUUCUGAGUCUCCAGGAUGAAAAUGAAGCUGCUGCAUGUGCCAACAGUUUUUUUUUUUAUCUGCCUCUGGAGACUGUAGCUUCUGUUUUUUGACCCUUAAUUUGGCAAAAUCUUUGGAUCUCAUUUGCAACAAAACCUCCCUGAGCCAACACUGAUUGAAUUUCUGGGAGCAAGUGGUUAAUUUGUUUGGUCAGUGUGAUGAAUGACUGGACCUCUGUCCCUAAACUCACACAGCUGUGACAGAACAUCGCUCCUGAAUACUUCAUUCAGGUUUUUCCAUCAAGAAAUGGGAUGGAUUCUUUCAAAAAAAAAAAUGCAAGGCAAUUUUGUGGGUAUUUUCCUUUUAUAAUGAUAAAAUCUGCAAGAUCAAAUUUACCCCCAAAACAUGGAAUAAAGUCUUAAAAAUGCAACUCAUAUAACAUAUUCAGAAAAUAAUGCGACAGCAGCCGAUAAACAAAUGCCUUCGUAGAAUGUGUAAGUUAUUGCCGUUGUGCCUAUCAGUAUUUAUGGGCUGGGAAAAUAAAUUUUAAACACAUAAUCCCCAUAAAACCGUCCCCAAGAAUGGUUAGAGUGUGAACGCCUAAUGCCAACAGUAAAUACACAGAUAAGUGAAUAAAUAGUUAUCUUGAGGUUUUUGUAGGUCACAAGUCAUUCCUUCCCAUCUCUUUACAAAGCAAGGCAUAUUUCAUGCCCCGGCCCAGAUAGGAGAGGUGAAAGGAACCAUUUCAUUUACUCUUAUCUGAGGAAGAGGGGAGAGAGAGAGAGAGAGAGAGAGGGAGGGAGAGAGAGGGAAGGGAAAGAGUCCUCUCUGCAGAUACCUGUGCUGAGGAGGACGUGGGUUUCUAUAAACAACCCUGCGAAAACGCUGUCUUUUAUUUACCGAGAGGUUUCGGGACGUAAUAAUAGAAAGAGGAGGAAGCACCUAGGCUGUGACACAAAACAUUCCCAGAGAGCCACAGAGUGUGUGUGGAGGACCUGGAUUUGGCCAUCUAGGUCAGCAGAGUCCUUCCUGCUUUGAAUGUCUGAAAACAGCUCUAUUGACAGAAUUUGUCAUUAAACUCAGAGGAAUAAAUCGAGAAAAAACAACAAUGUUGGACUUUUUAAAUUAAAGAGAGAAAAUGCAUAUACAGGUAGAAAUGAUAGUAAGAUUAGAGAACAAGACCUGAACUACAUUCCAUCUUUCUUUCUACCUCUCAGCUUGUUAAAACCUGCACAUGUCACUCAGCAUAUUGGGGGGAAAAUAAUAAAACAACUCUUAACAGUGAUAAGUCGUGAUUCUCCGAACCUCCAGUGAUCUAUCAAAAGAGGACAUUCAAGACUCUUUAUGACAAACUCAGAUUUUGGGCUGAAAAUGAAAGUGACCUAGCUUUCUACUCUGCAGGUGUAGCUGCCCAGAAGCAGCAUCUACCUGCAUCAAAAUGCAGCUACAGGCAAGUCAAGAAAUAAUCAUAAAAUCUCAGUUUUAUUGUUAAUACACUGAAAAAGCAGAAAUUGGUUGAAUGCAUGACCCAGAUCUUUCAAUCGUAUGGAUGCAUGAGAGGUAACACCUACUAUGAAUGGAGAAUUUGCUUUCUGCUGAAACGGUUUGUUUGCCCUCUGUGUUCAGAGAUAACUAAGUCUGAUUAUUCUGCAUUCUAGUCCAUCAACAGGGCGUGCUCUAAUAUAUAUAUAUUUUUUUGAAUGAGGUGGCAUGAAGUAUAUAUGAGAGUGCAAACGCUGAUUAUAUCCACUUAAACUACAACUAGAGAUGCAGUUUCUAAGUACCCUCUGUCAUCAGUCUAUAGAAAUGGUUACGAUCGAUUACCAACGGCUCAUUUAGACUAAAGACAUUUUUUCUCAACAAAAACAAUACUCAGUGCAGUUUCCCAUCAAUCAUUCAGCUUCCACAAUAACAUAAAUGCAUUUGAUUGACCUUAUUGCAGAACCACAGAUCUUGAAAGUUGCCUCACAUGCUGAGUAUCAACAUGCAGAGCAGGUAAAAAAAUGUGCAUAGAUCAAGGCUCAUUUUUUCUUACUACAAUAAGAGAGCCAAGCAGAAAAAUGUGCCCAGUUUUCACCAGGUCACAAGUUUGUUGUGCAACUGAGUCACAACCAGCCCAGUGGCAGAAAAGGCAGCACACAAGUAUGCAGAGAUACAGACUUUCCACCAGUCUGUCAGUUUUGAAUCCUAAGAUGAUGGAGUAAUGUCCUGUAAAAAAAAGGAAAAAAAAACUUCUCAGCCUCCUGUGUCUGUGUCUGUGUCUGUGUCUGUGUCUGUGUCUGUGUCUGUGUCUGUGUCUGUGUCUGUGUCUGUGUCCGUGUCCAUGCCUGUUGUGAAUUCCUCUCAGAAAAGAAGAGCCAUCAGAGAGACUUGGCGCAUGGCUGCCUCCCCCAGCUGAGAGUCUCUGCUGGCCGCCUCACCUUUGGCUUGAUGGUUCUCAUUAAAACAUGCUUUCAAAUUAAAACACCGGCCUGACAGCUGAGUGUAAUAUGAGUCCACAUGUUAUUUAUCAGUACCCUGAUGAACACUGAAAGAGAGAAAUGCGUGUCUGAGCAUGUUCUCAGUAAUCAAUUAUGAUAAAGAUGUUUGAAGUAUUUGUCCACCAUUUAAAGAAAUAUCAGCAGGAUUCAAAUGUAAAUAAAACUUGAAACAAAAAGUUUAUUUUUACUCAGGUCCCGCCUCUUAUACAGCAAAUAGCCAAUCAUAAAAGAGUAUUUCUCACAUCAGAUCAGAACAAUGUCCAGCUCUGCAGUUAUACAGUUGAUUCCCUGGUUGUUGCAAUCAUGAACUGGAUGAGAUUUAGUGUUGCAUAAAGCUGAAUUUAGUGACUUCUUCUGCUCCUCAAAUACUGACUGCUCAGCUGCCUUAUUGCAAAAGUGCAUGAAAGAGACCCUGCGAACUGUUGUUGUCUGUUUGUAGCUUUCAAAUCCGAAAAGAGGUCACGUCAUUGUGAGCCUCCUCCAGAGAGUCAAAAAAAAAAAGAGAGAGAUGUGCAAAAAUACCAGCGUUUUAUCACAUCCACAAUUGUUGUUUUGACUGAGUCCAUUUGCAGAGAAAUUCACGAUGAUUUUGUUGUGGCUUUUGUGGGAGUUGUCUGUUUAAGUUUGUGGUUCGUUCAGCCUCUGGUGUGGACUCUGUCUUUAAACUGAAAUCUUUCGUUAAGGGUUAAAUCUAACAUCUCCGUAAUUCUGCUUUUUUUUUACAAUUAAAAAAAUGAAAGUAGUGAGAAAGACAACUGUUCAAAUCAGCUGUUUGAAAAUGAUGUUUAAUUUCACAGAAUAAGACUCUCUGUAUACCUCUCAUUUCUGUAUUUAUUCCUCCUUCUUGUGUGUGGAUCUGUUCGAGCUUUAUUUGUGUGUUUGUGUGUGUGUGUCUUUAUUUCACGCUGGUGGAGGAAAAGACGAGAACAGGACGACAGGUUCAGAGGACAGCUUUGUGUUUGAGGGGGUAUCCCUGCUGGGGAAAUGUGUUUAAAAUCUAUUACCCCCACAGCUAGGAUUAGCGUGUGUUAUUGUGUGUGAGUGUGUGUGCAUGUGUGUUUCCCCUAAAGACGUAAUCACUAUGGUAAUACAAAAGCCGAUGGAUUAUGUGUAGAAAAAAAAAUCUGGUUAAUUUAUAGUCUGUCUUUGGUGAGAUAUGUACAUGUACAGUAAAUACAGACACAGCUGCAUGAGAGAGAGUGUUCCCCAAACUCCUCCUACUUUCACUUCCUCUCUCUCUCUCUCAUACAUACUGUACCGUCAGCCUCCACCGCUCAUUAUAUAGCUGUAAGCAGUUGUUUUUACUGUCAUCUCAGAAGGUGAGGCGCCUGCAUGUUUUCUGACCUGGCUCAGUCGGCUUGUGUCUCUGGGUAGAUCUGUUGCAAAGGUGUAGUAAGUGUUUCUUACUCGAGUACAAAACAAUGAGCUUCAGAAUUAGCGAACUGAGAAAAUGAACCAACAACAAGUUGAUGAAUCCAUGAUUUGUUUUCGCCCUUUUUUAAAGCUUCAGUGGUUCUCUGGUUUCAGCUUUUUUCGAUGUGUCUUUUCUAAGUGUUAACUGAAUUUAUAGAAACUCCACCUCAGGAUCUUUUAACUUGAUAAAUGCAAAACUGUAUUUCUCUACAUCUUACUCGGGCAUUUUUUGGCUCGGCCAUUUCACACUAAUUCCUCUUCUUCUGCUGACCUGUUGCUGCUGCAGCUGUUGUGUAAAAAUCCGUCAAUCAAAAAAGGAAGUUUGAAUAAGCAUGCACCUUUAGUUUUAAUCCCAGUUGUUACAGAUCAGGGGAUUAAAACAAGUAUAAAGAAAACACCCCAUACACAGAAUUAUGCAGAGGCUCAGCUUGCCUUCUGUACUUGUGCAUACGAAGCUGUAAUUUAUUUCCCCGUAUACUUUCAUCCCCCAGGGGGAAUAUUAGUGGCAUAUCUACAGUCAGGGGUGAGGCCCAAGCCUUGGUUAAUAAUUAAUUGAAAUCCCUUCAUUUGCUUCAGAUCUUGACUCACUCUGUUCAGGGUGGAAAUUGUCCAAGUUUGCACUUUCAAGUAGUCUUAACUGGUUAGUGAAAUCAGUGACAGCAGAAAAGUCUGAUAUAAUUGUGGUUGUGAACCGACUCAAACAAACACUGUGGAGUCCAGGUUUGGAAAUGUAAUAUUUCUCAACUAAACACUCAAAGAAUAAUUUAAAAACGGGCGCUGAAAGAAAUUUAAGGAGCUAAACGAAAAGAAUUUGUUGUACGUAGAGUUGAAAUGUUGUGUGUUGGUCAUGUUUGAGGAGAUUUUAAAUUUUCACACAGACUGCAGCUCCUCAAGAAUCAACAGUGUUGUUAUCCAAACAGGUUUGAAGAGGGGUGGAACCAAGUGUGCGUUCAUGUGGAGGUUGAUUUUGUGCUGCCCAGGUCUCCUCUUAGGUCGUCUUAUUCUGUCAGAUUUGAACAGGGUCUUAUUUGAUGUAAGAUGAGAUCACCUGGAGUGAAUAAGGAGGAUUUUAGCAGAUUUCAUUAAGGCACUGGUGACUUCAUAUUUGUUGCUCAGUGUCAGAUUCACCUCUCACUCAUUUGAAUAAGUUCAUCUUUGCUCCAUUUGAAUCGCUCAGUGUCUCGAUUUUGGCAGCUGUAACAUCUUCUCUUCCUCCCUGACUCAUCCUUGACCUCUUUUUCUCCCUCUCGUAGGACAUGGCGGCGUGAACCAGCUCGGAGGUGUGUUUGUAAACGGCAGGCCCCUCCCAGAUGUUGUGCGGCAGCGAAUAGUAGAACUCGCCCACCAAGGGGUUCGGCCUUGCGACAUCUCACGGCAGCUAAGAGUCAGCCAUGGAUGUGUCAGCAAGAUACUGGGCAGGUAAACGGCACACAAACACAUCAAGAAAGGACAGCAAGAAAACACCACCGGGUUCAGAUAUUUUCUGCUGGUUUCAGUGGCGAAGCGUGUGUCAAAUUAAACUCUUAUAAGCCCAUUAAAUGUCCAUCUUGCCACUUUUUCUAUUUUCUCUUCAUGCUCAAGCUGUAUUUCCUCUGCUGUCUGCCUUAAUUUUCUCUUGCUUCCACUCUCUCUCUCUCUCUCAUUUUUUUUUCCUGGUUGCCUUUUUCACCUUCUUUUGCCUCCACUGUAUGUUGAAUUUCUCAUUUGAUGAGGGGAAGGACCGAAUAUUUUUGUCUUUCCUUACUUCCCCGUUUCUCUUUCUCCCUCUCUUUUCCAUCCCUCUCUGUCUUUUCAAAGCUAAAAUUCAAGAGUAAAUCCCUGCUCGUUCCAUCCCCUGGAGAAGAAAGGGGCACAAAAGGGAAAAGAUUCAUCACUUUUUGGAAUUAGCAUCAAAAUGAAAGUGGCACCAUAUUUCUGCACGCCUAAAAAAAAAAAAAAAAAAGGAGAAAAAAAAGACAGACAGAGGGAAUAUGGAAAAUGGGAGAAAGACAAGAAGAAGGAACACAAUCAAAAGGGAAACGGCAUGUUAAAGAAGAAGAAGGAGAAGAGUGCAGGAAAAAGAAUGAGAGACAGAGAGACCAUUUGAGGGGACAGAGGGGAAGGAUUAGCCACAGCGACCCUCAGCUAUAUCAAAAAAUGUGUUGCUCAUUGUUCUCCCUCUGCCUCCCUCUCUCUCUCUCUGUCUUCCUCUCUCUAGCUCUCUCUCUCUCCCCCUGUCCUGGCCGUUCAACUCACUCAAGCGUUACCAUGCGGGGGGGAAGGAGAGGGGAUCGAGGGAUGGAAGGAGGGAGGGAGGGAGGGAGGGAGGGAGGGAGGGUUGUUUUAUCCUCUCUUCUCUGUCUCAGUGGUGCCAGCAGAACAAAAACACCAACUCUACCACUCUGUGUGUGUGUGUGUGUGUGUGUGUGUGUGUGUGUGUGUGUGUGUGUGAUGUGAGUGUGUGUGUGUGUGUGUUUUGGCUCAUUGUUGCGUGGAUAUCAAUAACCAUGCUCGUUUAUUCAUCCAAUGAUUCAGCUGUGAAUAAUUUAAAUAGUUUUCCAUCUGAAAAUAGAUUGUUUUUCCUUUAGCUGUGUUUGGACUCCAGCUGUGAAAAUCCCAAAAAACUGCAGCACACCUAAACAGGCGCACACACACACACACACACACACACACACACACACACACACUCACACUCACACAAUAAGAAAGACAAGGAAAUGCACAUUUACAGGAGCACAUCUUCACGGAAGGGAUUAGUCUUUCGUACAGCGGUGGAAGGAGACAGAGAGACAAACAGAGAGAGAGAGAGAGAGAGAGAGAGAGAGAGAGAGAGAGAGAGAGUGUGUGAGAGAGAGAGAGAGAGAGAGAGAGAGAGAGAGAGAGAGAGAGAGAGAGCAGCAGGUUUAAGACUGACUGACAGCUUGCAUCCACACAGCAUCCCCCCCUUCUCUGCGAGCUGUGGAGCGCAUUUGCUGUCCUCCCACCCCCCUGCCCCCCCCAUGCCCCUUCUGCAUGCAAAUACAUUCAUGAAAUAGCCAUGGUGGACAUAAAACGCCUGAAUCUGUGUGUGUGUGUGUGUGUGUGUGUGUGUGUGUGUGUGUGUGUGUGUAUCACUGCCACCCUCUUCUUACCUCUGUGUCACAAUGUGGAAGAAAAACAACAGCUCGUAGCCCCACAGUCAGGCAUCAUGAAUAUUUGUCAGGCGUCACAUUUAGUUACAGAGAUUAGGGCUGGGCGAUAAACCGAAAAUAUACAGAUACAGAAAUUUAAGACCAUAACCGACGUCAUUUUGCCCACGUCAAUAUUCGGUGUCAAAAAUAAAUAAGUAAAUGUUGGUUUUGGAUGUGUGUAGGUAGGCUAUGGUCUCAUGUCCCUUUAAGACGCUGUCCUACGUCGUAGACGUGACUCCACCCCAUCCAAUCGUAACACAGAGGCAAAGACAGGUGAGGAGAUGGAGGACAGUUCAAAAGUUGUAGCAGCUGAGGUUGACAAAGUUAAUGUGGGAGGGGGUGAGCAGCUUGUGGAGUAGUUAUCGUCCAUUUAUCGUUAUCGAGGUGAACUGAUCAAUAUAUCAUGAUAUUGAUUUGAGGCCAUAUCACCCAGCCCUCAUUGAGAUGAUGCUGUUGUCUGUUGUUUUUAUUCUCUAAACUGCAGUUUUUCAACCUACAGGGUAAAACCAUAAGCUGUCACUUACAGGGACCGACAGUAAGAACAUCAACAACCCAGAAUUACCUUUUUAAACUUCAUAUGAAAGUAAGGAUCAUUUUAAGACAGAACUGAAUAAAUGGGAUCGUACCAAUCCUGACAGGACAGGAUCAGUUUAUCCAGAUCAGGUAUGACUGGAAAAGGCAGGACUGCACAGGCCAACGGGGAGGUUAAGUUUCAGUGUGAAGGUCAUUUCUUCACCGACACGCCAGGAGGGGAGAGAUUCAAGAUAGAGUGGGCUAAAGCACAAGGGAGGGGGUGGAUGACAUGGACAGUUCGUUGGUGUAUGCUCGUGUUUUGUCGCCCAGUUUCAAGUUGCUGGCUUUAGGGACGAGGUUUUAACGAAUUUUAAUGAAUAAAUGUAACCGUACCUUUCUUUACCCUAGAUAAUGAAGUGUUUCACAAUAACAAAAAGAUGGAAGCAAUGUGGAAAAGAUUAAAAACAGAAGUAAAAUACGAAUGAAGUAAUGACAUGUAGGUGAUAUUUUCAGUUUUGUGACUCAAUAACAAAUAACUCACUUUAGAAGAGAAGGGGUCAUUAGUACAGAGCCACUAACAACUGUUGAUGAUACGAUGUGGUAAAGAUGUGUGUGAGCCAUAUCCCCUCAAAAAUGGUGUCUAAUUUAAGUGGUAACAGCUUCAAUAAAGGUUUGUCCACACAUACAACAAGCUUAAACAGGUUUUUCAAAGACGGAAAGAUUAAAAAUGAGUAGCAGGUCUGCCUCUCAGAACAAAACUGUAAGAAGAUUUCAAAGGAGAGAGGUCUGAAAAAGUGAAGCCCCCAAACGACUUUUUUAAAGACCUGAUUCAGUCCUGAAUUUUGGGAGCACAAUUUUCUGAGAGUGAAAGUGGUGCACUAUGAGCUCUUUCAAAAAUGAUGAUCCCCGAAUGUUUUGUAUGUCCUGUUUGAUGAAUGUGCUCUUUUUGAGACACACAGUUUCCUACCUGUCUUCCCCUGAAAGGCACAUAGAAAGGAAAUGACAUAGACUAGUUUUCCUGCAUCUUCUGAGUUGUGUUUACAAUGUCACCGAACUUGCUCUACACGUUUGUGUGUAUCUUUCAUUUUAAUUCAGAUCUAGAAAAGACAACAUCACCAGGUUUAACUGCCAACUGUUUUAUUUCCACUCUUUGCUCAAACAUUUACGUGCCUUUUCUAUAUGACCCACACAAGCCUCCUCUUUGAUCUGCAGGUACUAUGAAACAGGCAGUAUCCGUCCCGGGGUGAUCGGGGGAUCCAAACCAAAGGUUGCAACUCCCAAAGUGGUCGACAAGAUUGCCGAUUACAAACGCCAAAAUCCCACCAUGUUUGCCUGGGAGAUCCGGGACAGACUCCUCGCGGAGAGAGUGUGUGACAACGACAGUGUCCCCAGUGUCAGCUCCAUCAACAGGUACUCCAGCCUGUAUAAUGUGUGUGCGUGCGUCUUAGUAUCCACUUAGGUAGGGCGCAGAGCAAUAUAAUACGGCGUGUUUGUGUAUGUGUCUGUGCUAGAGUGAAAAAAAGCGAGUGGUAAAGAGGCCCCAGUCUCCAUAUGUAUGAAGUGGCUGCAGCUCAGUGGUUCAACACGAUGGUACAAUGACAACCCUUUCCCCUGAGCACAGAGGCAGAGAAAGGAAGGGAUAGUGAAAUAAGAGAGAGAAGGAGAGAGCAAAAGAGGCAGACAAAAGGGGAAGGAAGGUGUGUGAGAGUAAGGGAAGAAACAGACACAAAAGGAAAAGAAAAGGAAAGGAAAUGAGAGGACAGGGGAGGAGAGGAAAAAGGGAAGAAAAGGAAAAGACAGAGGAAGAAAAGGCUUGCAUGAGCAGCCAAGCAGGAAGUGUGAGGCCCCUCUGCCAUGUCAGCCUCCCUCAGCCACUUCACACACAGCCACACACACACACCACACACACACAAACACGGCUUUGCUCCCACGAUGGUCAUGUUCUCUCUGUCACUCAGAAUCCUCUCACGCACACACAAACGACCUCUUCACACACACUUAUAUCUCCUCUCUCCUCCUGCAGGAUCAUUCGGACAAAGGUUCAGCAGCAGCCGGGCCAAACGGGCUCAGUAUCGGCUCACAACUUGGGUAGGUUGCUUCUGUAAGAAUCGGUUUCCAACUGUCAAAGCACUUUUUUUUUUUACAGCAGAGACGAUUUUGUGAGAGUAGAGUCUGCACGCAGUAUGUCGAACAAUCUGAGAUAUAAAAAAUCUUAACUUAAAGAGUAAAUUUACAGAAUUUAGAUUCCUUUUUCUUUCAUAUCCUGCUUAAUAAAAUAUUUAGGUUUUCAGCUUUAUCUAUAUUUUUUGCAAUUGGUAGAUGGAACAAAUGGAAAACAUAUGACGGUGAAGAAGCUCAUAGCAUUAAACCAACAUGAAAACUUCAUGCAUGCCAGAAAAUAUUGCUGCCCUCGUAAUUAUAACAUAUUUUGUACUUUAGGGUGAGAAAAUAUUAUUACUUAACUCUUAUGAGCAAAAAAGACAAACUUCAUUAAGUGUUAGUUGAUUAAUUAAAGUUUUUUGUCUUCUCAGAACACAUACUACCAAAUCACACAUCCACCUUUAACGAUAAUAUCAUCAUUUUUCUAAAUGAGCUUACACUGGCUUUAAAAACACAUGGUUUAAUUGAUCCAUGGACGACAGUAACUGCCUGUGUGCUCCUGUUUGGGAUACAUUAAAAAAAAAGUAAUCUAGACUGUAUGAAUUGAUUAGUAAAUACUGUCGCCUUUUCAGUUAGUUAUACUGAUGAUUUUGAGCCACAAAGUGACUCUAUACAUACUUUUGAGAAGCGGUGAAGCAUCAGAAUCAGAGAAUCACCAGAAUCCCUCCUAAUGCUCAUUAUUUUGUCCAUUAAAAUGACGACCUGAGGUGAAUUAACAAAAAAAGAUGGUUGAUUCUCUUUAUUUAGAAAAUUACGGUCGUUCAAGAGUAGUUUUAUUAUUAAUGAACAAAGUAUAAGAAUAUAACUAUUACAGCUGUGACUGAAACAUUAUUUCCUUUCCUUCAAAGAUAUCUCGGGGUACAAAUAAAUAUGAGAGCCUAUCUCCCUCCUCUCUCUCUCUCUCUCUCUCUCUCUCUCUCUCUCUCUCUCUCUCUCUCUCUCUCUCUCUCUCUCUCUCUCUCUCUCUCUCUCUCUCUCUCUCUCUCUCUCUCUCUCUCUCUCUCUCCUCCUCACUCUGCCCUGCAGUGGAUUGUGUCUCGGUGUCUCUCAUAUCUUCAUAAUCGCACAUUGUCUAUUAAUCUAAAUUAAUUUCACACGCACCGCUCCCUGACUCCUGCCUUUUACACACAUUUAGCACACACAUACAAACUGCACAUGCAUACACACCUAAAUGCACCCAGGCACCAGAUUCACACACACACACACACACACGCACACACACGCUCACACAGCUCGCUCGCAGAUUACACAGAUAAAUGGGUCCCACUCCCAGGCGGAAAAUUGAACAUUUGGAUUUGCAGAAUAAAAGCGUUACGUUGUGAUAAAAAAAAAAAAGGGUGAAAAGAAAGAGAAAGGAAAAUCAGAUAAUUGAAGUGCUAAAUCAAGUGAUGGGAAAAGGAUGGAUAUGCAUUCAUUAUGGCCUCCCUGUAGUUAGAGAGUGAGUAACGGCUGGAAGGGACCUCAUCGCCUGGUUUAUCUUUUUCCUUUUUUGAUUUUUAUUCCCUUUGCGGUCUCGUCUUUCUGUGUUUGGGGGUCUGCUGGGAGAGAGGAUUAGGAUGUCUGUCUCCACACCUUUCUGUCCCUCAUGGGAUACCGUACUGUCACUCAGCCCUCACGUCCGCUUACAGGGGCACAGAUAAGGGACCAAGGAGUGAGCGACUGUAUGUUGCGGUGUGCGCUCAGUGUUUGUGCAUGUGUGUCAGGAGGUUGCAGAAUGUGUGUGUUUGUCACUGAAGCGGUGACAAGUAUGUCGCUGUGUCGCCCAGCGAGGAACUUGUCUCCUCCAGGGGGAAGAUUAGAGGCAGAGACACGAGGAGCAAAACACAGACUCAUGUCCUUUGUGGCCUGUUUUUUUACUAACUUCAAUUUAGUCUGCAUGGAUGAGUGAAGUUUUAGGAGAUUAGUCUUAUGAUUUUAUUUUACCCUUAUUCUAAAGGUUUCAUGAUGAUCGACAUCAAACAUGUAGAUUUACCCUUAAAGUAGAAGGAAUAAAUCAGAAUCUAGCUCUGAAAACAAGACGGUGAACAGACGCAAACAGUAAUUCACAACAAAAGAGAAGAUUGCACUUGAUUUUAACAGGAAUAAUUUGUAGAUCCAACAUUUUUCAUGUUCGUAACACAAAUUUCCUUUAUCAUUAUAGUGACAGGGAUCUAUUAGGGGUUUUCUUAAUCAAGCUCAGUUAUGAAAUGAUUCAAAAAUGAACAUGUAGAAACAUGCUGCACAAAUUAUUUUCUGUGGGUGAUUGAUUUUGAUUUCACAUGACAUUCUUCUACUGUAGUUAAAUCAAAAAUCUAGCUCUGAAAACAAGACGGCGAACAGAAGCGAACAGGAAUUCACAAACUGAAACAGACAGAAGAAACAAAAUGCAGAAGAUUGGAUCAAAUUUUCACUUAAUUUUAACAGGAAGAUUUUGUAUAUCCAACAAUUUUCAUGUUAGUAACACAAAUUUCAGUUAUCAUUAUAGUGAUAGGGAUCUAUUAAGGGGUUCUCUCAUCAAGCUCGGUUAUAAAAUGAUUCAAAAAUGAACAUGUAGAAACAUGCAGCACAAAUUAUUUUCUGUGGGUGAUUGAUUUUGGUUUCACAUGACAUUCUUCUCUCAUAUUUAUCCCACAGGAACCAAAGAGGGACAAAUGUUCAGUGUCUGGCCUCAGCACUGCUGUAUUAUAAAGGCCUGUUCAACAUGUUAUGAAAAUACCUUCUUAGAGAUGCUCUCGAGAGGACGUAGUGCUUUUGAAAUCAUGUGGAGGCAGCCUCUUCUUUUAUGCAUGAGCUCUAAACCGAGUUAUUUACAGUUGUAGAAACCAAGUGUGCGUGUUUUUUCACAUACACAUUCCUGAAAAUCCUCUUAUCUAGGCUGAUCCAGACCCCGAGUCUGCAGCAUCAAGUCUAAUUUGGAGAAUUAGCACUUACUCUCAAAACUGAUAGAACAAACAGGGGUAUCUUGUUUUUUUGUGUUUCACAGUCCGGUCAGUCACAGAAUAAAAGUACGUGCUUUGUCAUGUGGUCUUUCUGCAGCAACAUCUGUGGCGGCAACACAAGUGUCAGCAGUGACCAGCGACUCGGCGGGCUCCUCAUACUCCAUCAGCGGCAUUCUGGGUAUCAGCUCGGCUGCUGACGUAGGCAAGAGGAAGAGGGACGAUGGUAAGUGAAAAAGAUGUUUAUGUAUGUUUUUAAAGUCACUGUUACAUGCCUCACUGUACUUUUUAGUACUGAAGACUUUUUCAAGGGCGCUUAUAUGAAUACACAACAAACAUAUACACAUUACAUGAUGACGGAUAGACUCAGGACCCCCCCCCAGAUGGAGGGAACUCAGCACAAGAGGAUCAAUGGCAGAUGUGUGAGUGGUAAGGGAGCUCUGAACCAAACAUCUUCAUUGAGGAAGCCGUAUUUGUUUACUAUCAGAGCUUCACCACAGAGCUACAUGAGAACACAGUUUAUGUAUGCACUAUUGAUCACACACGCUGUCAUACUGGAUCAAUGUUGUAUGCAUGUUAAUAGGGGAGUGCGCACAUUUGGGGGAUCUCACCCACUGAACUGUAUGUAUGUGUUAUGUGCAUAGGUGUGUGCAUGUCUGCGAGUGUGUGUGUGGCCGUGUCAGCAGCAUUAAAAAGCCAUCACACAGACAGUCUCCUGCGGUAAAUGAGACAGGACCAGAUGUCGGAGCGAGGGGGGGUGACAGAACGCCACUGGGGGCUAGUUCUCGCUCCCUCUUUGUAACAAGCAGACCCACUUACACGAGGCACACACACACACACACACACACACAAAUACACACACAUGCAGAUACAGUUACAGUAUGAGGGCCUUUUCAAACUCCUGAUAAAUUUUCCAAACAUUUCAGGAUAUACAAGAAUGAAUCCUCGUUGCACUGAAAGUAGGCUGAAAUCUUGAUUUACACGGCUGUUUUACUUUCUGAUUGAUCUUUUCCAAAAGAAACAGUUUGACGAUACAGUCUUAUCUAAUGGAUACAACCGUGGCGAAGCAGAGGUUCAAUCUGUGAGCAUGACCGAAAAACAAUACAGGAAUAGAAAUGUGGAAAAAUCAAGACAGAGACGGGAAAAAAGCAAACCAGAAAUAAACAAAAUAAUAUUCUUACUUUUAAAUCUGGUUAAAAUAUUUCACAAAGAAUGUCAAUUUGACUUUAUUACGAUGAAAAGCAAAGACGUUUUUUUGUCUUGGGCCCUGCAGCUCUAACAAGAGUUUGGUCAUUGUUUCUGUCUAUUUCACCAGCCGUGACAUGUUAGCAGGUACCAGGGGUCUACUCUCUUUGUAAAGCCAGUUUUUAUUGAAAUGAAUAAUAGGAGUCAUUUCUAAUCACUGACAUGUAUCUCACAGUACUGUGCGCCCUCUGUGUGAGAGACUGUGGUUAAAUCUGCCGCUGAAACAGAAGCUCUGUAAUCUAAUUAGCAGCAUUAUUGUUUCACUUUGUUCUCUAUGUGCAUGACAUGCUACACCAUGAGAUACAUGUGUGGUCUGUCUAUUGUUUUUACUACAACUGGGCCGCGUGUUUCAUAAUUCGUAUCAAUAUUAUUGUAUCACUUCACUGAAGCAUCCAGAAAGCGUCGGUUGGAAGCAUUGUGUCGCAGGGCGUCACGUUUUAUCUGCACUGUUUCCGUGGCAGAGGUCUGCGCGGUUGGCUCUGUGGUCUAAUUAACAGCAUUGCUAAUCACAGCUUCCAUUAGAGCAGCCCCCGCUGGAUAAUGACACACACACACAGCAAGGGGCGACAGGGGGAACAGCAUGCACUGACAUGGACAGACAAACACAUGCACACACACACAUACGCAAAAGUGCAAGCUUCUCUCUUACACACACACACACACACUUAGACGUAUAUGCUCGUCGGUUCAAAGUUUCACACAUGGAAGGAAGAAGACGCACACAUACACAGUUCACACAUACACAGUUCACACAUCACAAACGACAAUCACACGGCUUCGUCUUGAUGACUUUAUGGUUAUAUCGAUUUCCUACAACAGGGGAAGAAUAGGAAACGCUGAGUCAGUGACAGUGAAGCUCUGAGUGUGUGUUUUUCAUAUUACAAUCAGCGUAGUCAGAAGAAGGUGAGGAUGCAUUGAUCCGAUAUUUGGAUCUGAUAUCAGCUCCGAUAUUGACAAAUUAACUGGAUCUGAUAUCUGAUGAAUGAUGCCGAUCCAGCGUUCCAAUCCAGUCUUUUUUUCUUUGAAAAUAUUUUUCUUUUAAUACUUCGAAGUCUAACUUCUUUUUGCCUUGUGCUAAUGUGCAAUUUGUUAUUUGUUAAUAAAUAAUAUUAAGUAAAUUUAUAUCUGUGUUAAUUUGUUACCUUUUUUUUAACAAGGCUAAUGUCAAGCCUGAUGCCUUCACUCACAGGGUAAGGUGUACAGUUCAUUCAUUCAACAGUAGUAUUGGAUCAGUAUCAGAUAUCGGCCGAUACGCUCAGCCCAGGUACAUGUAUGGGAUUGGAUUGGAUCGGAAAAAAUGGAUCAGUGCAUCUCUAGAAGGAAGUACAGAUGAACCUGAUGUGGUGUGUUUCAGUACAGUGGAAUCACCCCAUCAGGUUUGGAUCAUUUUCAGAAAAUGAUAUUCACUGGCAUGAUUUACUUGUGCCGAUUCUUCAAACUCAUCAUCACAGGAAAUCACAGGAGCAACUAAAGCUUUUUAAAAACGUAGAAACAUUUGAAACAUAGUGGUGGGCUUGUUUGGUUUCCCUUUACACUUACACAAAACUGAGUUAGUGACGAUUAAAUGCCAACAUAAGCUCUUGUCUGACCAUGCCUUAUUGUGUAUGUAAUAUUUAGCCUGGCUAACCACUCAACAUGUUUUUUUUUUUAACUUUAUUUUUUCCAGUCAAUAAAAGCAGAUACAGGAACACAAAAACACCAGAACACAAGGGGGCGAACACGACUUUAUAACACUAAUAUGACAUUUUGUCCAUCUCACAGCAUUCAGCUCUGUUUUAAUUCUAAGACUGCAGGUCAUUUGUUCCUGUGAUCGAAUUUCCUCUACAAUGUCCGGUCAGUGGUUCAGUCCAGGUGACUCAACAUAUAUUUUAGUUACUGAUUAAUCCAGAAGUGGAGGAUUAAUAAUAGUGUGUCAGAUUUUUGUCAGAGAUGAAGUGUGUGUGUUCAUUCUAACAAAUAAAAUCAGAGCGAACAGCAGCUUAUCCAGCUGAGUUAGAUAAAUAUCCUCUUAAUAUGUAGCUUAAGAUUUGGGCUUGUAACCCGACUGAUAAGCAUGCUCAAGUAUCAACAUAUAACACCAUGUUGUGUCACAGGCAGGCGGGAUCAUACCAACAUGUUUGUGUGUGAGUGUGUUUUGGCAGCAGGAGUGUGUGUGGGGGUAAAGCCCUGGUGACCUGUGCCCUCAGUGAAAUACAGGGGAAGUGGGGGGUGACCGGGGGGCAGAGUGUGGAUGAAUGGGAGUGAAUGGAAGAACUUGACUUGUGGGGCCAAAAGGGGACUAUUGUAUCUGAACCUAUUCUCCUCCACACACACAGAGGUUGUGUGUGUGUGUAUGUGUGUGUGUCUAAAUGUGUGUGUCUGCUCGUAUGUGAAUAUGAAGUUGAGGAAAGUGAGAUUAGAUAACGCAUGUUUACAUCCUUUGGUGUUAAGUAUCUGUAUCUGGCAUGUUUACAGGAAAAUCACUGAGUCAUGUUAAGGGCAGAGAGUAAAUAAAACAGUACUUUACCCAGAAUGCCAAGCUGACCCCUCACCCUCUUGUUCAUCCACUGUGACAUGCAGCAGCUUAGCAGAUAAAAGAGGCGGAGGGUGGGCGAAAAGAUGGAGGACGGAGGAGAAGAGGGAGGCACAUCCUGCCACCCGAAAAAACUGUGAUCUCUGGAGUUUACAUGGGACGCACGCACACGCACACACACACACACACACACACACACACACACACACACACACACCCUCAUGCACAUAGGCACACAGACGUUGGGGCUGUGAGGGCAGACCUGUGACCCUUGUCCCUAUCAGUAUGAUAAUCUAUGUCAAGUGCAAAAAGAUGCACCCGAGUGGUGUCCUACCCCCUGCAGACACACACACACACACACACACACACACACACACACACACACGCACACACACACACAGGUGCCAACCCGUCAAACUCUGUAAACUGUUAUGAUUCAAUAAUUCAACUGUUCCUGGAUUUUCAAAUAAAUGAAAAAUACAGGCCAAGGUGAGGGGAGAGUGUGAUGAGAGAGAGAGAGAGAGAGAGAGAGAGAGAGAGAGAGAGAGAGAGAGAGAGGAGGCGGAAGAGAGAAGAAAGAGGCAGAAAGGAGAGAACAAUAAGGGCUCAUUGUUUGUUUUGUUCUGCUCUGAAAAAGAGGGAAGAGAAGCGCUUCCCUUCUGAGACUGACUCGCAGAGAUAGAGGCAGCUGUGUGUGUGUGUGUGUGUGUGUGUGUGUGUGUGUGUCUGAGAGUGUGUGUGUGUGUGUGUGUGUGUCUGAGAGUGUGUGUGUGUCUGAGAGUGUGUGUGUGUCUGAGAGUGUGUGUGUGUGAGCAUGUGUGUAUCCAACAGUGAAUAGGAUUUAACCCGUCACGGCAAUGAGUUUCUUUACCCAUCCAUGGACACAAUGAGACCAGCCGGAUAUCAAGCGAGCCCCCCCACCCCCCCAACACACACACACACACACACACACACACACACACACACACACAGGAAGACACACAGCUACACACACUGAUACAGAUAAAUGAACAGUAUUGAUUAUCAUAAAUAAAAGCUUUGUUCUUACUGCUCGAUCAUGGCAUGGGUCUGUUGUCUCCUUUGGUCUCAGUCGUCCUUUGGUCCUUUGUGGAUCCUUCAUUGUGACAGGUUGGGUCAGUCUUUCAGUGUGUGUUUUUGUGUGUGUUUGUGUGUAAGUGUGUGUGUGUGUAGGUGUGUGUGUGUGUGUACAACAGAGAGAAAGCAAAAAGCAAUAAGCUGGCUGAAAUGGUGCCAUCAGAGCUACAUGAUUGAUCAAUUGAAUUCCAUCAUGGGGACUGGCCGGUGGGAUUAAAUGGGUCGCCGUGGGUUACCAGGCUAAAGCAUCAUACCGGCUUUAUCUCCCCCCUGAUUGGUCUGUCACCAGAGACUGGGACCAUACACUCAGUCUACCCCAGCAUCUGUAUAUGAGUGUGUACAGGGUGCUAUAGUAGAGAAAGAGAGAUUUUGAUCAAGCAGUGUGUUUGUGAGAGCGACUGAAAGAGGGUUUAUGUGUUCAAAAGGUAAAAAGAGCUUUAGUGAGUUUUUCGCUGUCCAACGUGAGAGUGAGAAGAGAAUCUCUGACCAACCAUCGAAGAAGGUCUCAGAUAUAUAAUCAAAAUGAUAGUUUUAGCAAAUAUAUUGUGUAUUUCUGGAGCUAAUGUUUUUACAAAAGGUUAGAAAGAUGAAGUUAGCAAAUACAAUAUAACUCUAAAUAUUAGGGAGACAUGGGGAAGCAGGGAAUUCACUGAAGCACAGCUGGUUGUGAGCACUGAUAACAGCACAGGUUAUCACUCACAGGUUCACAACUCCAUGGCUAGCCAAAUUUGUUUGGAAAAGCUGAAGAAAAUGAUUUACAAACUGAAAGUAGUCUGUCCACUUUUAACUGAGGCACUAAUUCAAUCAACAGUUCAUUGAUAGAAUUUAAGUUUACCUGUGAACUUUAAUUUAAGCUCCAAAUGUAGUUAGAUUCACUCCAGACUGACUCUGUGCUUAGCUCUAAGGGUUUUGUUUACAGACUGUAUGAAUCAUGGAUAUAAUCUCUGUAGUGUUACCCACUGGAUUCUGAGACAGGUUUGAAGCAUGUUUAAUGCAGACGCCAUGUUGGAAAUGUUGACUCAGCCUGACUUUAGUCAACAAAUCGACCAGUGAAGUAGUGGUAUUGAGGCAGGCCCUCUGUAUUUGUUUGUCCACUUUAAGUCAGCCUUGUAACCUUAUUAUGGUUAAAGGCAAUGAGUUAUGAAAAAAUCAUGAUGUGUGCUGAUAGAGUUAGAGCUCUUCAGACCAGAGCCGUGUUUUUGAACCAGGCUGUAAACUUGUUCAUUUUUGCUGUAAAGUUUAGACCUAAAACACCAGACCACAUUACUCCAAUUUUAACAGAUUACAUACAGAUGCAUCUUUGUUUUUAUUGAUUAUGACAUUUCAAUGACUACCUCAAAAGCUCUUAAUGGACUUUCUCCCAGCUACACAUCAGACCUGUCACUGUUAUACAUGCUAACACGUACAUGGAGGACACUGAGCAGGGGUCCUCUGUCUAUUCUGUCUAUGCAGUCCUAAAAUAUAAGUCAUCUAUGCCUUAAUAAAAAUGAGAUAGGAUGUUGUGUUUGGAUUGUGUAUUCAGUAAAUAAACUAUAGAGGGAGUUAAAAAACUAAACCACUUUACUUAGAGGAAAUUCUACUGGAGUAAAAUAGAGAUCAGAUUUUUGUCUUUUCCUCACUAGUGAAGGCCACAUUGAAUGUUACUACUCUAACACAUCUGAGAGCAGACUGAGCUGUGUGUUAUGACUCCUAAAAUUAUCGUGCUAAAAUGGAUUUUCCAGCUAAUCAGAGAAAAAUAUGAAUAGAAAAAUGACGUAAGAUUUGGCAGAACCUCUUAAUGAAAAAAAACAAAAACCAUGACUGUUAGCUGUUAAGGUGCAGUUUGGUAAAGAAGGAGCAUUUUCUUGUACGACAGGUGAAAUUUAAGGAGCAGGAGCAAUGAAAAGAAGAAGAAAAGAUAUAAUCAGCUCUUCUGCAAUUUCAUACUUCUUUCUUUCUUUCUUUUUUUGUCGUUCAUCGCUCUUUUGUUUUUUUCUUUGUAAAAUCACCUUCUGGUGCAAAUGGGUCCAUAUUUUCAGUCCAAAUGAAGAAUAUAUAUUUGAAGCCCCUUCCUCAUCUGCACCUGUCUGUCAUACCACUCUCCUUGCUGCAGGACCCGCACUCACACCCACACUCACACAAACACACACACACCAGACACACAGUGACCCCCAGCGCUAAAAUAGGCUCUCAGGAUCGGUUCGGAGCGAUGAAUUGGCUCUAUAGCGGGGGAUUUUCACCCUCAUCCCCUUUUUCUCUUUAUCUUUUUCUCUCGUUCUCUCUUUCUAAUCAUUUGUGGGCCACGACUCUUCAGAGUUCUUAUAAUUGUCUCGUUCAGUCCCUCAGCCUUGCAAUAACUGCAGGAUACGAGGGCUCACAGUCUAAUACUGAUACCGCAGCCAUAUAUAUUUUUGUGUGUCUGUGUGUGUGUAGGUGUAAUGGUGAGAGGGGAUGAAAGAGUGGGAAUAUAUAAGAGAGGUAGGAGUGUACUUUUGAGAGAUCAAGAAGGAGGGACAGCAUAUGCUCGGUAAUGGGUUGUAUUUGUGUAGAGUUUUCUUCUGCUCCCCAUAAUCGAAGUCGCUCAGUCCUAAAUCAGCUCAGCGGGGUUCAUUUGAGUCCAUGCUUUGCUCAAAUGUCUCUCUCUCUCUCUCUCUCUCUGCAUCUGCUUCAGGUAUAUAUAUUUGAUUACCUAAUGCCCUCAUCCUCUCUUUAACAUCAUCUUUUCCUGUUUUUUCUCUCCGUUAAAAACACUCCACUCACACUAUUCUCCUGUCCUCUUCACGCAGGUUUGCAGGAGUCGCCGCUAGCCAACGGGCACGGCCACAGUGGGCGGGACUUCCUCAGGAAGCAGAUGAGAGGGGAGCUGUUCUCGCCGCAGCAGAUCGAGGUAUUGGAUCGCCUGUUUGACAGACAACCAUCCUGUCCAAUCCAAUCCAGCUCUGACCUCUAUGUGAGCCCUGAUUCUGGCAAGGUAAGGGCGUGGCACUGUGCAGGCUCUGGGCUCAGGCUGAGUGUGGGGACAGGUCGAGGUUCAACAAGACUGCAGGGUUUCAUUUGAUUUGAUUGCUUUGAUUGAUCCACAGAGUGUUUGUAAUUUCAAAAAGCAUACAUCAGCCUUUCCUGAAGGUUUUGUGAGUGCUAAAUUCAGGUCCAGAUUUUGCUGAAUUAGCAUUUUAUUGGCGUAGGCGGAGCUUACCGUGUGUGAUUCCAAGCUGAUUCUGAAUAUUAUGACUGAUUUUGAAGUUGGAGUGAAUUUCAGCUUGAUUGUGAAUCAUUUGGUCUGAUCAUGGCCUGAUCAGCUACUCCUGGUUGGAUGAACUUCUAGCAUGGUCAAGGUUUUAGCUGAUAGCUGAUGCCCUCUGCACCAUUUAUCUACUUUAUUCCAGUCUGUUCCAACAUGACAUUUGAGCACCCAGGUCGUUUUUACAAUAGGACUCACUGUACAGGGUUUAAUUUGCCAACUGUACUUGUGUGCUGUAAAAGAUUCAAUAAAGCAGUGUGAGUUGACUUUGGUUGGAUAUUGUUUCAGUCUAAUGAAGUUGCGAUUUCAGUUUCACUUUUCCAUUCGGGUCUUUGAUUCGGAUUCAAUUAAUAACUAAUGUUAAAACAUUCAGGCUCUCAAAAGUGUUCAAGGAUUAACUCUGACCACGAAUUUCCUAUUUUCCUUUAUUGAUUGAAUUAUUUUUCCUACUUUUUAAGGGAAAGAUCAUCAAGAAAAAUCACAAACCAGAACUCUUUCAGUUGAUGAUUAAAAAAAAUUAACAUGAACACUUAAGAAUAUUGCACAUUAUCAACAAUCUGCAUUUUGCAUACUUUGACGCUAAUGACUGAACAGUGGAGGGGAGGUUUAACCCCUUCACCUUAAAUCUUGUCACCACACAGUCACACUCCUUCACUUCCAGAGUUUCUGCACGUCCAGGAGUUCUCUCAGAAAUCACAUCUAACAAAACCUAGAUUUUAAAUAUUUGUGGACAUUAUUUGUAAACCUCAGUUUAAAGGUGUUUUGGCUGUAUCCAGAGCACUUUUGUGAACAGUAAACAUUAAAUUCUCGCCAUACUUCUUCAUAUUGGAUGUGCUUCCUCUCCUUGCUGUGUCUUUGUCUUUUUCUGGUGAAGUUUAGCUAAGCUCUAGAUCACUUGCUACUGUCCCCUACAGAAGCCCUAAGUGGAAAUGGUUUAUUAAUUAUUUUUUUUACCCCUGUUUUCUCGAGAUCAUGAGAUAGUUUUCUCGUGAUCUUGAGAAAACAAGGCUUAGUUUUCUCGAGAUCAUGGCGUUGUCUCACCUGCCGCAGUUCGUCUGCACGUACCAAGAAGCACCUGAGCAACAGCCUAAUAGUUAUGACCGUGAAUCAUCUUUGGGUGAUCAGUUCCUGUAAAUCUCAGAGAGUGUGCAUCUUACCUCGUGCAUUUCGUCCUGUCACAGAAGGCAGACACUGCACCACGCAAAAUUAAUUUGUAAUCUCGAAGAAAACAGGGGUAAAAAAAUAAAUAAAUCAUGUCCACUUAGGGCUUCCAUAGUCCGCUAUGAUUCUCUUCCUAAAACUUUUGUUUUUAAACUGCAUCACAAGAUGUAAUGUUUCACUGACACAGCAGAUCCUGGUAGAUACGAAACAACUCCAUCACUAAAAUAUACACCCGUCAUUUAUCUCGAUAAAGGAUUGUAUUUUUGUGCUCUGCCUCUCACCUGUUAUGAGAAGAAAUGCUUGUCUCUGCUUUUAGCUAAAAGCCUGUCCUGCCUGCUAUGCCUUGCCAUGCCAUGUCAAUCUUUAAGAAUUAGCUAAAUUGGUAUCCAAUCCCAAGUCUUGUUUUUUGCACCAUCAUCACAUUCUUUCUAAUUGAACUAUUUUUCUUUUUUGCUCUGUCAUACAUGAUCUGAAAGCGCUCAAGCGUCAAACUGUGAUUCUCCGUCAGUCCAACAGUCUGCUUUGAGUUUCUGAGCUCUGAUGGAUGUUGUGAUGUCUGCAGCAGAGACCCAGUCAGGCCUGGCCUAUUGAUGUUUCUAUAAUCUAGAUACACUGCAGGGGUUAAUGAGCAUAUUGACCCGGCUCUCAUUAUGACCUCACUUCCUGCUGCUCAGGGACAGAGAUAGAGCUGUGCGCAAGCUGAUGCAUCUUGAGAAUGUGCUGCAUUAAGUGUGGGGUGUUUGCAUAUGAGAGGAAAAAGAUGGGAAAACAAGUCGGUCCGUGUGUGUUAAUGCUGAAUCUAAAUUGACCUCCCGCCCUUUCCCUGCAGAAAGUUAAUGUAAUUCUGAGUGGAAUGGACAGGUGUAGGUGGUACACCGAAUAACAAAACAACAAUAAGCUACAUUUUGUAUUCUCUUCUUCAAUAUCCUCUCAUUUGCAGCCCUCCUGUCAAAAUUAAGGAAAUAUUUUUGCUAGUAUCUCAAAAUGACACUUUGGUUCUCAUCACCUUUGAAAGAACGCUAACUUUGGCUUUAUUUAUUCAGUGAAUGUCAAGGGCAGGAGGAUAAACACACACAGGACUAUAUGGAAUCACAUACAGGCUACAGCCUUAGACCUUUAGGGCAAAGUUUGGCUUUUUAGCUCUUUCUCUUCACUCUGACCGACAUGGCGAGUGGAGUGGCACAGGGCGAGAGGUCGACAGGGAUUGGCUCUAGUACUUCUAUAGACCACGACUCAAGACUAUAAUACCCAUGAUUCAUAGGUCAGUGUCCUCUCUGAGCCCGGUCAAGCCACUGGGGUCUGUGGAUAGGGGGCUUUAGACUUUGGGUCACCCUGGGGUCAAACUAGAGCUGCAUUGUGAUUAGAAGGAGACACACACUUUCACACAAACACACACUCACACACACACAAAUCCACAUCACUAUCUGUCCCUCUACCUCCACUCCCUGCUCCCGUCCUGUCUAGUCGACCACCCCCCUCUUUUCCCAGCCUGCGUUUCCCAGAGGAAUGAUUGACAGUCAUACUCUAAGCACUGACACGCUGACAGCUACAGCUCAGCCUCUUUGGUAUGUGGGCUGAGGUGUCUUUGUGUGUCUGUGUUUGUGUGUGUGUGUGUAAGGUCAGGCUGGUGGGGUUAUGGUCAAGGAGGGUCACUCUAUGUCGUGGCUGACAUUCCUAAAUGAAGUCUUGGACCUGCUGUUGGCUGUGAUGCUUCUUCAGCGUAUGUGUGCGUGUGUGCGUGUGUGUGCGCGCCAUUAAUGUGAGAGUGUGUAUUUGUGGAAGAAAGAGAAAAAGCUGCUUCACGAGCGAAGGUGCACACGGCUCAAUUUCAGGUGCCAAUAGUAUAUUACAAUGCUACACUAAUAUACUGUAAUUUCAGCGGUUAUUUCGAGCUUCUCAUUAUCUUUUAGCCUUUCUUGCAAUGAAAAAUGAGCCUCAUUCAUUAUUUCUUCUUUCUUUCUCACUGGAAGAGAUAAAAAAAGUUAAAUUGCUCACGUUCCUCUAAAGCAAAUCUUGUUUUAUCCGUCACUAGUUGUUACUCGUCUAUCCUGUUUGUCUCAGACCUUUUCUUUAUCUCUCCACACUAACAAGCCACCCUUUAUCUCAUCUCCCUCUCCUGCUUUUGUUCCCUCUCUCGCUGUAGUCUAUUAAGUCCCACUAUUAAUUUGUGUGUGCGUGCUCGAAUGUGUGUCUGCAUGUGUGCCUGUCAGAGAGAGUUCAUUUGAAUUUCCCUUCAAUCACUUCCUAUUACUCAGGUGAUAAAUCAGCAGGGCUGAUGGAGCCCCCACCCAUCCGUGCUGCCCUGGGUCCAAAUGCCCACUCCAGCACCCGGCGGUCUGGAAUUUAUCUGUGAACUCUGAGGUUAUUUGAUUAUCAAGAGAAGACAUUUUUACCAGUUAGAAGUGUUUUGGGUAACAGAGGCUGUCAGGCUAGUUAGCUGUUCAGUUGAAUAGGUUUUCAGAGCUACGAUUAAGUCUCCUACAUGUUACCUUUUAACACAACUGUUAAUCUGGUACUGGCAGAUUAUCUAAAUCAGACCAUUACAUACCAGAGGCAGCCAUCUUGAAUAUUUAUGGCCCUCUCCUUUCAGUCACCAUCUCAUGGUAAGCUCUGCUAUUUUUCGUGGGGAGCAGGUUUCUGUAGUUUUGAUACUGUUUCAGCUACCAUUAGGGGUGGGAGAAAAAAUCGAUACAGCAUAGUAUCGCAAUAUUUUGUCUGGUGAUAUAUCGUAUCGUCUCAUUUAUCAAGUAUCAAUUUUUCAAAUUAAUUGCUAAUAUGAAGUCAAAUCUAUGAUAAUAGAAAAAUAAAAUCAAUUGUUUGUCCAGUGAGGUUGAGCAGGAGAAAGUUAGUGCAACAAAUAUGUAUAAGGUUUGUGAGAUGUGCUACAUGAUAAUAAAAUACAGUGUAAAUAAGACAAACAUAAAGGAAAGACAAAUGCUAAAUUAGUUAAACAGUUGAAGACAUUGUAUAAAUUGCAGUAUAUUGAAUCACAGUUCUCACUGUAUUGCAAAAUGUUGAAAAUCGCAAUAAUAUCGUGUCGUGUCCAAGUAUCGUGAUAAUAUCGUAUCGCGGGGCCACUAGUGAUUCCCACCCCUAGCUGCCAUGUAGGUUCACGAUGCAGGUAAAUCUUCAACAUAAAUGAUAAAGCUUCAGUAACACUGAACAAUGGUAAAUGGUAAAUAGAUAGUUAAUUAAUGUAAGUUAAUAGUUACGUUGCCAUUAACAAGCAAUGAAAUUAUGACAUCUAGAUUAAAAUGUGUGUCAGUAGCACUUUGUAAAUGGUUAAUAUUUGGUUUUUAAACCAUCUAUAAACAUUACUUAGAUGGUUAUUGUAAAAUUAGGGUUAGGGUUCGGUUUUUAAUAUUGUAAAAUUUACAAUUUAUUAAUGGUCUACAUGAUGUUCAUAAAUGAUGAUUAAACAUUAAUAAACUAUCUGCUCACCAUGUAUAAAUGAUCUAUUUACCAUUUAUAAGUUAUGGUUAUUGUAAAGUGUUACCACAGCUUCCAAUUCCUUUCCAGAAUACUCAUCACCUUGCUCACUUUGGCACAUUUCUGAAUCAAGUCUGUGGAUAUCUGUGAUUUUUUUUUUUAUUGUAUCUUCUCCGGCUACAUCUUCGCCUCUUUUUUGACCCUGGCUGGAGAUGUUUUUGUGUUUCACUCCAUGGACUUUGCAGCGUUACAUUUGAAAGCUUUGAAACAUUUGUUCGGUAAUUUUGUUUUUGUUUUUUUAUUCAAACCAGGAGUUACACUGACAGGAAGAAAAAUCUGAAAUAACACCAGGAUCAUCCUGUUAUAUCAUAGCAUAUUAUCACCAUCGUGUACUCUAAUUCAAAAAUACGGGCGCUCACCACCCAUAGACAUUCUAAUUUGUAAAUAAGAAACCUGAGCCCAAUUUUUCAUUCAAAAUUCAUGAAGUUCUGCAGCCUUAGCCCAGAGUUGAGGUCUAUCUAGCCUGUCAGGAAAUAAAUAUCCUCCCCACUGCUGCCACGCUCAGUUUGAGCACAGAUGAAUUCCUUCCUCACAAUCCCUGCCUCGGUUUGUGGGCCUCUGAGGGAAUUGUAUUUGUUUAUAGCGAAGCCUUUUUCCAUCAGGAGUACACAAGACAAUGUGAAGAGAGAGAGAAAUGGAUGGAGAAAUCCAGAGCUAUUUGGGGAAUGGAAAAAAGGGGAAAUACUAUUAUGCAAAUGGUGCGAGCCAGCGGAGCUAGUCGGUGUGUGUAUGUGAGUGUGGGUGUGGAUGUCAGAGGGCCGAUUAAGGCUCAUCUGUUAUUGAUGUGAAAUUUGGACCAAACCAUUACCUUCCCAAAUGUGAGUCAGUGGUCCAACCUGCUGUGUGUAAGUGAGGGAGCGAGAGAGUGGGUGAAAAUCAACCGAGAGGAGACUUAUAUUUAUGUGUUCAAAACUGUGUAACAAAACACAAAUUAGCAUACGUUGUCGGGCAGAGCAGAUUUUUACAAUUGUCGAGCUACUUAAACUCUUGUACCACCCAUUAAAUUUUUACAUCUUAUUAUGUAAAAGAUAAAAAAUAUUCAGUGAAGCUGAGGAGUGAAAACACAUGCCCCAUGUCAGUGGACUCAGUCCUCAAAGCCAACAAUCCAGGUCAAAUUCCAACCACUGGCCUUUCCUGUCAUGUCAUUCUUCACUUUCUCUUUCCCAGUUUUCUACUCUAUCCACUGUCUGUACUCCUGGUCAAGGUGUUGAGAGGGCAGAAAUAAUCAAAAAUGACACAAACUAAGACGUGACUCAAAAAAUCACCAGUCAAAUUCAUAUGAACCACUGUCAUUUUAAUAUAUAUUUUCAAAGUCUAAGUCCACUUUGACUUUAAUCUGAUUAAGACUUGAUGCCUUAGCAAUACUCAAAGAGUUCUUGGUUUGAAUACAGUAUAUUUGAUAUAUUGCUAUGGCAACAAAAGUGGCUUGUCUGCCUUUAAUAAUGAGAGUCUUGUUUACCAAACCAUUAAGUUAGUGGAAAGACAGAAAAAAGUUUAUGUGAUAAAGUGGAGAAAUAAACAGAUGUUAAAGUGGUCAGGGUUUGUGCUUGCUGAUUUUUUAAGGUAUUGUUUUGUCAGACAGUUAUUGGCAUGAAGACUCAGUUUGGACAUGAGCGCAUUUUUCCCUUUAUUUGUUUGUUUGUUUUUUCGGCACAGUUCUCUGCAUACUGUGUCAGCUGAAAUGUUUGGUUUAAUGCAUGUGGCCAUUGCCUUUUUGACACUGUGUGAAUGUUAGUGUGUACUUUUUCUUAUCCUUGAAGAGUGCUCUCUGUUUUUGAGUUCAUCCCACAGAUUGUACAGAACAUGGUUUUAGUCUCAGUUAAGUUUACUUCCAGUAGCUUUUGAAGAGGAAAUGUGAAACCCCAAGAUUGCAGUUUCCAUAGUGGGAACACUGGAUCUAACUUACUUUCUGUUCAGCUAAAAGCCAGUAAAGAGUUCAGGUUGAGUCUUUAGUUUUACAGCCUUGCAAAAAGCUACAACCAUAUUUGCACCAGGCUGUGAAACUAGACUUUUGGUGGUGGGCUCCAUCAGGGUUUCCUUGUCUGAGGUUGCUGCUUGGUCCUCCCACAUUAUUUCUCCUCUUUCUCUUGCCUUUGGUUAUUCAAUAGCUCCCGACAUCAUGUCUUACAUGAUCCAUUUCUUUCUUUCAUCUCCAUUUCUUCCUUCUUUGUAACUACUGCAUAAAUAUGCCUACAAAUGACUUCCUGCCCCGUGCUGAGCUUCCUUUUCUUCAGCUCCUCCAUCCUGUCCUGUGCGCAACUCCCCCAUCACCUCCACCACCUCCUCCACCCCCCGAGCCCCAACUCUUCCAAGGCAGCUGCGUCCCCCCUCUUUGAUGAGGCUGAUGGCGCCUUAUGAGCGCUGGAAUUGACAACAUUUACGGGGCCGAAUGAGAAUGAUCCAUCUUCCUUAGCGGGCCUGUCACCCCACUGGCCAAACUUCAUCAUGGCCAAUUACCACGGCAGACCCCUUCUUCUCUGCCGCUGCUGCUGUCUGGCCCCCAUCUACAUGGAAACAUGGACGCAUUAGACUCCAUUAGAAUAAGCCAAGAGAGGGAGGAGGGGCUGCAGGCGGAGUGUGUCUGAUUUGCUGAGAAAAACUACAGGUGUGAUGUGUGUGGGGCGGCGUGAAGAAAGGAAAAAGGGCUUAAAAAUCUGUCUUGAAGUGUAAAGUGUGUGUGUGUGUGUGUGUGUGUGUGUGUGUGUGUGUGUGUGUAAUGUGUGUAUGUGUAGUGUACAAGGUAAGCUCUUAUUUGGCAGGUCACAGUCCAGUGGUUGUGUUGUGUGUUGACGAGCACAGGGGUGUUUAAGAGGUCAGUGAGCACCAACACACUUACACCUCCGCACACAAACACGUGCACACAUAGAUGCAGAGGUAUUAAAAGGGUCAGUGCGAAACGCUCACCCCGUCACCUAAAGGAAAUUCUGAUUGCUGUCAUUAGUGUACACACACACACACACACACACACACACACACACACACACACACACACACACAGGUCAGCAGUAACAUCAAAAUAAAGUAGGUGUUUCAGUUUAGUUUGUGCAGAAAAGGGAGUUUUUUGCUUCUGAUUUUGCAUGAAGUAAGUAAGAAACAAUUCAAACGGGUGUACUGAUUUAUAUUUUGUUAGAAAGUAGGAAAUUGUUGAAUUUGUUAUAUAAAGAUUUGUUUCUUUUCUCCCUCAUGCACAAUUAAAACAAAGCCACAAAUUUUACAAAAGCACUGGUAGAUAUAGUGAGCAGUAUACAGGUCAAUCACUUAUCAUGAGUGAAGUGAACCUGACAACAAUGGUUAAUCUAUAUCUAGGUGGUCAUCAUCAUCACUGACACUAUACAUAGACACAGACACACAGUUUUGGUGCGGAGAUGAGGAUAGAUGGGUCAUGGUCCUGCGUCAGGGUCAGAGGGAGGUGAGAGGACAGUCUCCAUUAUCCAUCUAUCUGUCUGCGUUUAGAGAGAGUGAAUCUGACCGGGUUUGUUGAACCAGUUUUCAAAGUUUGUCUGCUUGAUCUGACCCAAAGUUCAUUAUGUAAAUGAAGCACUGGUAACACUUGACUUUACGCCUAUCUCUAUAACGCAUUAUAAAUAUAUGUAUAAUGCAUUAUAAUCGCGUUAUAGCACUGUAUAACUAUAGUUAUAAACACUCAUAAAUGAUCAUAAUGCUUUAUAGCAAUAAUCAUAACACAUUAUAAAGCAUUUUAUCAUGAUUUACAGAGUCAGGUAUUAUAAUGUGUUAUAACUGUUAUCAACUCACUGAUAAUGCUCACAUAGAUAAAGCAUUAAACAUAUAUUUAUGAUGUGUUAUAAUUUGCUUAUAAACUUGUAAACUAUCAUUAGAAACACUCAUUAAUUAGCAUAAAAAUAAACAUAACACAUAAUAUCUGAUCUUGUAAGUCAUGAUAAAAAGCUUUAUAAUUAUAACUAUGGUUAUACAGUGCUUUAACCUGAUUAUAACAAAUUAUACAUAUAUUUAUAAUGCUUUAUAGAGAGAGGCGUCAAGUAAAGUGUUACCAAAGCACUUAAUCUUUUUGAUCUUUUUUUUUUGUAUGAUAAAAACAAUCAGUGAUAUUUUCAUCUUUUAAUUAAGCCAUGCUGAAGGAAUUUUUUUAUUUACUCUUCCUGAAGGUUUCUGUUGUUUAAGCGUGAGAAAAAAUAAAUUCAACAUUUUGGACUCCAGCUAUUUGUUUCAUUUUGUUAUCCUUUAUAGAGAGAGAGGAAUGAGUCUCUAUUAUGUUACACCUUUAGGUCGGACCUAACAUGAAUUCUUUUUCCUUGAGAAACAUUUGUGGCUGUGCUGUAGCUGAAGUCUAUAAGACGUUUCCAGAAGAUUGAGGGUUAACCAUGAAAAAACCCGACAUUCAACUUGAUAACAACCAGAUAUUGCUUUGUCAUUGCAAACUCCAUCUUUCUAUGGGUUUCCACUUCUGAGUGGUGUGUGUUUGUGUGAGUGAGUGUGUUUAGGUGUGAGUCUGUGUGUGUGUGUGUCUGGUAGUGUUUUCAGAGCACUGGGAGAUUGUGUGUACAUGUGUUGAGAUGAUCACAGUUCUUAUUGUUGUCGGUAUCUGGGGAGACAAGAGGCUUUGUGUUAGCUGUGGUCUAUAUGAUGCCACUGUGUGUGUGUGUGUGUGUAUAUGUGAGGAGGAAGUGUAUGAUGUGUUUGUGUGUAUGUGUGUGUGUGUGUGUGAGAGAGGGGGAGGAUGAGAGAGAUGGAGAGAGAGGGAGCUGAUCCUGUGGUUAUAGACUGUUGGACUUAGUUGUACAGUAAAUCCCUGUCUUUGUAAACAGAUCAAUGAACUCACCGCUGUAGGUGUGUUUCUGCACAUGUGCGUUUUCUGUGUGUGUGUUUGUGUGUGUUUGUGUGUGGUCUUUCUGAGGCUUCAUUGCUCUUUGCUAUAAGGCAGCAUGUUGGAUUGAUCACAGCUGUUCUCCACUCUAUUCUUGUCGUAUUUAACUAAAAAUAUUGUGAUUUCCUCUUUUUAGACGUCAGACUAUUCUGCCAUGGCAUCGCUAGCUGGUGGACUGGACGAGAUGAAGAACAGUUUGGCCAAUCCUGGUUCAGGGGCGGAGUUAGGAGCCAGUGUGUCUGGUCCACAGUCCUAUUCACUUGUUCCAGGUAAGAAAGACAUCCAGCACUUCUAUGAAUACCUCCUCUAAAUAAGACCCUCUGAUUGGAUCCAAAAAAGGAGACACACAUUAAAGCCCCUGUAGGGAAUUUUUGGUUUGUGUAAAUUUUGACAUUCAAUACCUGUUAUCUCUUUGUUAAUUUCACCUGUACAUGCACAAAUAGGGGUUUUUAAACCAAUGAUAUCCUCUUACUUGAACUGAAACCACAGAACAAAAGGAGAAAUGCUGCAAAUGGGGACUUUUUGGUGUUUUGGUGCGUUACAGACAGAUGAUAUAGAGAGGCUUUACUCUGAUUUUCUUAUGUUUCUUUCCUUUCCUUUUCUUUUCUUUUCUUUUCUUCAUUUUUAUUUUUAUUUUUAUUUUUAUUUUCAUUUUUAUUUUUAUUUUUUAUUCCAACCAAGACAAUUUCACAAUUUGACAAUAUCAUGGCAAAUCACAACAUUACUUAUUCAUUGGUUAGAAGGGAGCAGAAACAAGAUACUAGCUAAAAAGUUCUCACAGGAGCUUUAAUUACACAAUUAGUCAUAAAUUCAUGUUGUUUUGUGUAAUAUUCUUAUGAUGUCAGUCACUUAAUCUCUAUGAGAGCUUAAUUGUACUGCACAGUGAAUAUUAAUAAGUUUUCUUUCACAUACUGUUUAUACUUUGCAGGGACAGAGUACUUCUUACAUAAGCAAACAUGGCAGCUAAUUGAAAAGAAAAAGGAUUUUUGUUUCUGUCAUGGAAGCUCAUUUUUGCCUUAAAAAGAAUUAAAAAAUGGAGGAUUAGUCAUGUAAAAAAAAAAAGCUGCAAAUGUUUUGUUAUAAUUAUGACCUAAAAAGCCAGGCUAAUUAGAGACAGAGCCAUGAUAAUGAGAUUAAAAACGAAAUAGUCAAAAUUAGGAGAUCAAGUCAUAAUAGUAAUUUAAAAAGUAAUAAUACUGAGACACGUCAAGACAGUGACAGAUUGGUUAUGUAUCAGAAAACAAAGAAGACGAGAGUUUUUGUUGAUCAAACCUCCUUUGACAGGAGGAGUGAGCAGGGGAGCGUUUCUUAUUGGUGGAAAGGAGCUUUGGUAGUCUCUCAGUUUAAAGUAAUGUUCUGUUAUGAAUUUCAUUUCCCAAAAUCACCUCACGCAAAACCAAAAAAAACCCUGAUAAAUCCUCUGACAGUCAUGACUAGUUCACAGGACUGAGCUCGACACAACUUAGAAAAAAUCCAGUGAUUUGUAUUCAAGGCACAGUCAUGCAGCCAAAUGCCUUUUAAGUCUACCUCAGCAGUGAAGGAAGCUUCACAGAUCCUUAGUGAUCCUGUUUAAAGAGCUCAGUGCUGCAGAUCUCUGGAGAGGGAAGCAGCCCAGAGCAGAGCAGGACAAGAAAGGUGGAUGAAGAGAGGAGAAGUGAGAGCCUCGUCUCCUCCUCCAUCUCCAUUUAGGGUCUCCCAGAGAGGCAGCGGUUAAUUAAGAGCAGACCAGGGAGCACUUGGACAAGGCUUCCACGUUGCCAUCUGUAAUGAGGGGAAUCAUAGAGCUGGGAUUUCGGGAUAUCCGGGAAAGGGCUCUUUUUUUACCCACUGAGGAAUAUUACCUGCUGGAGACAAGAGAGAGAGAGAGAGAGAGAGAGAGAGAGAGAGAGAGAGAGAAAAUUUCCAUUUCUGCUUAUGCAUGCAAACACACAAAUUUAUAUUCACACACAUACACCAUCUGAAUAUUAUGUAUGCAUCUCCUCGCCCGUCUUUUACCUCAGAAUAGGGCUCCCUCUAGGGGAUCAGAUGUCUGUGUGUUUGACGCAGUGUUAUUGCAUCCUUGAAGGGUUGAUACUUUGGACACAAGCAACAUCUAGACAUUCAAUUUCCCUGUCUGAGGUCUUCCCAAAUCUGCAGGGCAUUUUCAUCCCCCUAUGAUUUUCCCCUAGUCAAGACCAAAGGGAUGUUCUGUAAAAGGUAGAAACCUUCUGUGUUUGUGAGUUGGAGUAAAAGAGAGAGGAGGCCAGAGGAAGUGUGCUCAUCUGCUACUGCCAGUGAGUGCAGAGGAGACUUGUACUUGCUGUUGACCUCUACGGCAAAGCUGUGGAGAGCAGAUACGUCAACACAACUGGCAUGCAUAAACACAAAUACACUGCAUGCACGGACACAGGAACACACACGCACACCUCAGAGGAUCUGGCCCUGUCUGCCCCCUCUAAGUUGGGCUGUAGAGAGUCCAUCUCUCCUCUCCUCCCUCCUUCUCCUCCGUGCCCUGUGCACUGACCCUGAGCGGAUGAGUAGCCCGUCUGCACUAAUGCCUCGCUGUCGCGUCAAACACCGAGAAAAACUUUACUACACUGAGACAGGAGAGGGGAGGUGGAGAGGGACAGAGGGGGCUGCAUGGUGAAGAGAGAGGGGCUAUAAGAGAGAAACACAAGCGGGGAGGGGAGGUGAAGAGGCAGAUAUUAAAAGAAGAGGUCAGAAAUAUGAGAGGAGGAGAUGUUAGAGGCUCAGCUGAUUUGGAACCACAUGUUUUUUCUUUUUUCCUCUUCCUGUGUUUGGGCCAGUGAGAAAUAUCAACAGACACUAUUUCUCCCAUGGUUUCAGCUGUAGUAUUGAUGUUGAUGUUUCCUCAUUUUGAUUUACACUGAUUGACAUUUCAGAGUUUGUCACUUUGGGUUGGAUUGAAAUGUCUCCACACGUAUCUUGAUGGAUUUUCCUCCUGAAAAUGUUCACCAUCAAGGAUUUUCAAUAACUUUAGUGAUCCCUUAACUAUGUAGUUUUCAGCUGUUCUUGUUGAGGUUCUGAUCCUGUUCAAUCUGAAGAUGCUGUCUGGUUUGAGAGAGGUUGAAAAGCAUCUAUGCGAUAAUUGUCUUCAGUUUCGUCUUUGUUCGAUUGCCUCAGUUGUUUGUCGGGACAGAGGACUAAUAUACAGUCAGCUGUUGAAACAGCUUCAUGCGGGGCAUUUCCGACUUGCUGUCAUUUAUGAUACCUAAUUAAUGUUUGAAUGUCAAAUGUCUAACCACAGCAUUUGUUUAGCACUCAUGAAUAUAAUCUCUAUGCACAUGCCUGUUUAGCUCCCUGGGAAACUAAUGACAAUGAUAUUUCAGCUGUCUCCUAAAAAUCAAAUCUGUUAUUUGGCAUUCAAUGACAUUUUUUUAAUGUUGUAACAGGGAAUAAUAUCCACAAUAAUGCAAGAAUCCAAAUGAAUAAUUGAUACCAGGCUGCUAAACCAGCCACCGAGAGCCACUGCUUUAACAAUUAAAAAACUUGCAAAACCAACUUUCCCAUCAUCCUCGGACUGUUUUUGCUCCAGUUAACAACAACGACUUUAGACAUGGUCAAAUUCAACAUCAGUGUCUUUGGCAUGUUGGCAUAAUGACAUUAUCUGUGCUUUAAAACAGAGCUAACAAAGGCACUACCAUAAAUACAUUAGUAGAACCUGCAUACAGAGAUAACAGAGUGAUCAAUUCAUGGUAUCUGUAUAGCAACAUAGACACAUAUUAACUAAAUUAACCAAAUUACUGAUUGUUUUGUGCAUUGAUUGUACCAUAUCAUAUUUCAGUCUGAAUUCAACUACUUCUGUACUUCUCCAUCUGUGUCCCCAUUCCUAUAUUCCGAUACCAUGUUGUCAAUAUUCUCUCCUGUUUCUUAUUUCCUUUCCUCCUUUUUUGCUCACUUCACUGUUCCCUGUCUCCUCCUCCUCCUCCUCCUCCUCCUCCUCCUCCUCCUCCUCCGCUCAGUUAGUUAACGUUGGUUAAGUGGAGGGGAAGUGAAUGGGAUUGAUGGUGUUAGCAUCUGAGCUGUUUAUGAUGAUGAUAAAUGUGUGUGUGCAGGAGGGAAAGAGGGGGUGAGGUUGUGUGAGUGUGUGUGUGUAGUGUGAAUGUGUGUGUGUGUGUGUGUGUGUGUGUGUGUGUGUGUAAAUGAUGAUGAUGAAUGGAGGGCUCCUUCUCUGCGCACUCCCAAUGUCUGCUGCGUGCAAACAUAGAGAAAUGAUUUGGGCCGACACACUGUCAUGUACUCUAAUGCAGUUAUAUAUCCAAUCCAACCACUGACAGACAAAGAGGGGAGGGAGGGGGGAGUGAUAAAGAGAGGAGGGGGAGUUGGUAAAUUAAUAGAUGUCAGCUGAUGGGAAACAAGGAGGAAGGAAACAAAAGAAGGGACAUCUUACAUGUGCUCCUGCGUGGAUUUUUUAUGUUGUUAAAGGGAUAUUCCGGUGUAAAAUUUAUUUAGGGUCAAACACACAGCAACAUCGAGUUAGACAACCCCUGGAAAGAUGAAUGUUGCCGACCGCUUGAUUCUCUGGUUAUACCAGCUUUGGUACUGAACACACGCUAGCAAUACACAACGGUGUGAGGAGCCAUAAACAAACCUCAACCAAAACGCCACAAAUAAUGCUCAGAACAGCACCUAACUUCAUCAACAGGACAUAUAGGGUCACAGCCAUAGUACUAGACACCAAACAUCUUUUUAACUUUGACUCAUUUCUUUAACAAAGAGACUAAACACAACUCACCUACUCUCUUCCAGCAGCCGCUUGUUUGUAGCGAGACCUCGGGCCAGUCCAUUACGGACUACAGCGGGGUGACGCAGCUCAAGAAAGAACAUUUAUGAUCAUUUCUUUAUCACCUCCUUGAAGUAAUACAUUAAUCAUUUUGCACUGCAGACCUGGUAGUUCUUCUGUCUUAGAGUCUCGGUCUGAUUGUAUUUCCACGAAGAAAUGAUCAUAAAUGUUCUUCCUUGAGCUGCGUCACUCCGCUGCAGUAAUGGACUUGCCUGAGGUCUUGCUACAGACGAGCUGCUGCUGGAAGAGAGUAGGUGAGUUGUGUUUAGUCUCUUUGCUAAAGAAAUUAGGAAAAGUUAAAAAGAUGUUUGGUGUCUAGUACUAUGUCUGUGACCCUAUAUGUCCUGUUGAUGAAGUUAGGUGCUGUUCUGAGCAUUAUUUGUGGCUACAGAGUGGUGUUUUGGUUGAGGUUUGCGUGUGGAGACAUAGACUGCUGUGUAUUUCUAUCCUGCGGUCGUCACUAAAGUUGGUAUAACUAGAGAAGCAAACAGUCGGCAACAUUCAUCUCUCGAGGGGGUGUCUAACUUAGUGUUACAGUGUGUUUGACCCUAAAUUAAUUUUACGCUGGAAUAUCCCUUUAAAUAUGUAAGAGGUGAAGCGAUCUUUGCAGCUCUUUAACAAAAAGGUAAUAUGAUUUUGAUAGUUGGACUCAAAAAGACCUGAUGUGUUUCUCGUGGACAGACAUAGGAAAGAAGAUUAUAAAAACAGGCAAUUAUUGUUCUUUUGGUAUUUAUUUAUUAGACGUAUUGAUGACAACGCAACUGUGUGUGUCUGUGUGUGUUUACAGGUCGAGACCUAGCCAGCACCACUCUGCCAGGCUACCCUCCACAUGUUCCCCCCACUGGACAGGGCAGCUACUCCACCCCCUCCCUCACUGGCAUGGUACCCGGUGAGUCCACACACAUACCCUCACACCUGCUUCAAGUCUCUCAGAGCGCCAUCUUACUCCACAGUCACACCGCCGCCUCUUCUCUCCGCUGAUCUGUAACUGUAUGUAUGUUUUGAAUUCCCAAUGCGUCGUUGGUUGUGCAUAUGCAUGCGUCUGUCUUCAGAGGGGUGUACUAAGCUUCGCCACCUCCUUGUCCAUAAGGCUGACAGCGCUCCCAGGGGUUGGUUGGUGCGCAAGUUUUCCGUGUGUCUUUACAUAAACGUCUGUGUGUGUCGGUGCCAGUGUUGUGUGUGCCUCUCUGUGUAUCAUUAGAAAGCAGCCACAGUAGCACAGCUGUCCCUCCUCAACAUUAGUAAUUUGUUUUUAAUGAGAAUCACCAGUGACCCACGACUAAUUCAUUCAUUCCCUUCCACUCCGCCUUCAACGCUGCUUUUGUGUUUCAAUCCUGGACCGCCGUCCUCCUCCUUCUUCUUCUUCUUCUCUCGCUCUUUCUCUCUCUCUCCCUCUCUCUUUCUUUGGCUCUUGCAGAGGUGGUCAUGGUCAGUGUGAAGUUUACUGCGGAGAAAAGGAGGCGAAUUCGCAAAAAGCAACAGCAGCUAUAAAACGAAGUCAGGGAUGUUUACAAGUUUCCUCUCUGUGUAAUCGCGAUCAUUCAGUCUGUGACACACACACAGAGAAACACACACACACACAGAGAAACACACACACAGAGAAACACACACACUCUCAGCGGACAUGUAGGAACAGCACGUCCAAAGAUUGGUAACCCUGUCGCCCCGUCCCCCUGCGCUCACCCCAUUCUGUCCUCAGGUUUGACAGCAUAUUUGCGGGCGUGUGUGUUUGCGUGCUAUUGUUUGCGUGCCUUUGUGUGUUUGUUUUUGACAGUGUGUGUGUGCGCGACCUUGACACUAAGCUACACUAGGGAGACCCCUGUGCCCUCCCUCCCCCUCAUCUCCUAAACAACCUGACACGUUGCCGUCACCACAGUGAUGACAAGGGGAGGAUGUUCGCACCCAGGGAUGCCAUGGAGACCGCAUCCCGACCCCACCUGACAGACGCAGAUAAACACACGCGCACACACUCGCACAACGGGUAGUGUGAGGAAGAAAACUUGGGUUGUACAUCCAAAUACGCGCAAACAGACUCACAAACAGACUCACAAACAGACUCACAAACAGACUCACAAACAGACUCACAAACAGACUCACAAACGGUCCGAACGUCUAAAUUCUUCUAUGAAUUCUCUGACUUUCUGACUGCAGAAGAUAAUCUCCUAAGUUUGCACCUCCAGCUCAGCCAUGUUCUAUCUCAGCCCUUCUCAAGCAAAUUAUCCUCCUUUUUGUCCGCUCUGUCUAAUAUCAUACCUUCAUUAAGCAAGCAACUCUCUUCUGCUGUUCUUCUUCUUCUUCUCUCUGCAGCAGGGGGGCUGACACUCAGAGGGGGUGUAGAGGAGCAGUGAGGCAGAACCGACAGAACGAGAGGGAGAGAGGAGGGAUGGUGGGGCGGCGGCGGGGGGGGCAUCAGGGUCUGUGACUGUCAGCUAUGGGAGAGGGAUCCCCCGGGAGGAGUAGAAGGUUCAGGAGGAGAGAAAGAAAGAGCAAAAGAGUGGGAAAAAAAGAGAGCAGGAGGAGAAGAAACGGGGAAGAAUAUUGUUUUGAUGUGAAGGGUGAUGGGCGGGCUGUAGUCUGAGGGCGAGAGAGAAAAAUAAAGAGGAAAGGGAGUGAAGGGAGGAGUGGGAGGGUGAGACAAGAGAGAGUAGACCCUAGACAGUAAGUAGUAAAUGAGGGAGAAAAGCUCUGCUAUCAUGUGCUGGGCUGUGUGGGAGGACCGCUACAGUCUUAGCGCUUAGAAGUCCAGUUCAGUCACUCUUAACCAGUCUGCUGACUGGUUGAAGCAGAGAGAGGGUCAAAGAUUUACGGUGGAGACAAGACAACUCACUCUUUUAGUGAUGUCUCUUAAAAACCUAAAGCAUCAGGUUUUGUGAAUUAUGGGUUAGAGAUGCAACAAUCAAUUUUUUUCUGAUCCAAUCUAAUACCAAUACCUGGGCUGAGCGUAUCAGCUGAUAUCCGAUACCGAUCCAAUACUACUGUUGAAUGAAUGAACUGUAAACCUUGCCCUGUGAGUGAAGGCAUCAGGCUUGACAUUAGCCUUGUUAAAAAAAAGGUAACAAAUUAACACAGAUAUAAAUUUACUUAUAUUAUUUAUUAACAAAUUGCACAUUAGCACACAGCAAAAAGAAGUAAGACUUCCAUGUAAACAUUUAGUGUAUUUUGUGAUGCCGGCGAAUGUGUGCGGCCAUGUUCAUCAUGUUUGCUGUUGUCGGGUAUGCUACACGCACAUAGCAUAGUUUACAUUCUGUUGUCUUCUUGUCGACAACGCGAACUUUGAUGACGUAACUUACCGGAAACACAAAGUAUUUCCAUACUUGAGAUUUGUUAGAGGCAGGAGCAGCUUCAAGUUCCCGUGCCGUGUCUUCUAUAUCCACACUGGCCAUGGUGUCAUAAGUGGCGUCAGCUCAUGUCGGCUACCUCCUGGAUGUGGAGGGAGGGGAUCGUCAAUCCUCUCUAUGAUUUUGAUUAUCGAGACCAUGACGUAAUUUUGAUCGAUUUCGAUAAAAAAUAAAAACUGUGACACCCCUAGUCCUAUCACAGAUUACUCAGAGAACUCUCAUCCUAAGAUUGAAACUUGCUGCCAUUGUCUUUUAUUCUGUUGUUAAUUUUCUGUUUGUAGUUCUGUUUGUAUUAACAUAUUACAGGCCUACCUUGAAUAGGUUAACUCACCUAGCUUUUCCGACUUUUGCCUGACCCGUUAGUGGUUCAAAAGUUACAUCCAUCAUUUUAAUUCAAAGUUUGUAAAACACUGUUGUAACAUUUACUGUAUAUCCUCCGUGUUAUCAAGUAGAAAAAAAAAAUGUAGCUGUAAAAUAACUUUUCUGUUGAGGCCAGUCAGAGUGCUUUUAAAUGCAAACUCGUACCCCAGAUUUGUCCCUGAAUUCUGGGGAGUUUAAAUUUUUAAAGCACACAGUUACAGUGUAUUUAAAGAUUUUAAUGAGAUGCAGUAAAAAAAAACAAAAAAAAAAACAUUUCAGGGCAAAGUAUUCCAGUAAGUCAAAACAUUGCUGCAUCUGAUUAAAAGUCUUCACCUCAGCCAUGGUCUCUUUCCUGGUCUAAUUAGUUUGAAGUAUUAGAAAACAGAACGAUUUGGCAUAUAAUCAAUUAUUUCAUCGAGGUGUUUGAUAUUUCAGAAUGUGUAAUGAACCUGAUUUUCACAUUAGUCGGUUGACAAAAAUGAAGAUUUAUUUUUCCAGGACAAAACAAGAGUGCUUUCUCUGACUUCUGCUGUGUCUAAACCUGAUUUGUUUCUUGUUUUGUGUUUUUCUUUCAGGGGGAGAUUUUUCUGGAAGUCCUUAUUCCCAUCCCCAGUAUUCCACAUACAAUGAAUCAUGGAGAUUUCCUAACCCCAGUUUAUUAGGUAGGUGUGCUCCAUAUCUCUCUACCCAGCCCUGCUUAUGGAUCAAUAACUGUAUUAAUGAAUGUCAUGUCAUACCACCCCUCAUCCUCCUGGUUCCAGACCAUUCUCACUUCCUCCUGUAAAAUGCUGUUUGUAAAGAGUGGUAAUUUGAGAUGUGAUUGGGAUUGAGGGAAAUGAAAGAGAGAAGGAGAGACAGAACAGUGUGGCAUUUUGGGAUUUAAUGUUAUUCCAUCUUUGUAAAGAUGAUUGUAUAUGACUACUUAUUUAUAGCAUUUCAUUCACUUGCCAUCAUGACAAAGAGGAACAAGCAAUGUGACAUUAAAACUAAUUAAAUCCCUUUAAAAGUUAAAAAAAAAACUCUACCCUGGUUUAUCUGAAAAGAGGUACGACAGCAGAAUCAGCAUCAGAAACAACAAAAACAUGUCUCCUGUUUUAUGGCUGAAAUUAUGACUUCAGUCUAUUUUUUUAUUUCAUAAAAAUUAUAAUGUGUUGCCUUGAAUAUCCUGUAGGGUAUGGGGUUAUUAAGGUUAAUCUGUCAUGUUCAGGUAGCUCAGUGUGUUUUUAAUUUAUGGUUUCCUGGCAUUUAUUAUAACUGAACUGCCUCAAACAAAGGGGUCCUGGUUAUUUUCAUAACUCCCCAAUGAAUUGUCAAGAAAACUGUAUUUUCACCUUAUAUGUAUGAUGUAUAAUCAUGGAACAGAGUAUUUUAUAAAGCUUUGUCUGACCAGGAAAAAGCAAGACACAACCUUGCAACCCAUUGGUCUGAUUGUGGUUUAGUCUUUGGGAACAUCGGCCAUCUUUCCAAGUAGAAACCUUGGGUAUUGGAAAUAAAGUUAACAACAAAGCCAAGGAAUGCCAUACACCUCUGUUGAAAUACCCAUUUUACCAAAAAAAAUGAACAUAGCGACGUUCACUGUUUGUCUUUAAAUUCUUCUUCACAAACUAAGAGGUAAUGUCACUAAGACUAUGUUCAUGUUUUAUACUGUCUAUGGAUAUCACCAGCAGUUAUCAUUAAAAGACUUCAGCCAAAAGUCCCCUUCAUGACCAUGUACAAUAUUUACAGUCACUAUUACAGUUUGAUGAGUGAAAAUGAAGGUGUUAUUGAAAAUCAUAACGCCAGCUGCACAUGGAAGAUACCGAUCAAAGCUUAGAUCACCUUCAGCUGACUGCCAAUGGGUGACAGGGUUGAAUUGUAUCUCCACAAGGACAGUUUUUCUAUUGUAAUAUAUCCAUAAUGAUGUUUUGGUAUAAACAUAUUCAUACCAAAAUCUGGUCUUACAGCUAUAGAUUCUGCAUUAUUAUACAGAAACUGUUGAGACUGACGUAGAAAUAAAACAUUAAAUCCAGAGUCAUUACCUCACUUCUUGUCAGUGCAUCAGUAUAACUACAAGUAACACCUGACAGGAAAUGACCUGGAAACACGUCUUAUGUCUGUGCAUCUGUAUUGAAGUAAACCCAACAGUCAGAGUCAAAGUCAUCAUCGAAUGAGCCAUUUUAGGGCAAAGGUGAAAAGGUCAAUAAUUGACCCUUUUAAAGGUCAAUAGGUGAGAAGGGUCAGUUUUGUGCCCCCUGUCUUCACUCCUCUCACUUCUCUUUUUUCCCACAUUUCCCCGUCUCCAGUGUUUCAGCAGGAUUAUGGGUCUCUCCUGGGGACAGAAAUCGGCUGCUCCUCCAGUCUCUUCACCAGCCAGGCAGGACAGAUGCAAGGUAGGUGACGGAAAAGAAAAAAAAAAGAAAUGUGUAUGUGAGGAUUCAUUUAAACAACGAGGAAAAAUGAUCAUGUGGGGAAAAAAGAAGAACUUUUGUAUGAGAACUGAUGGGCAGACCUGUAAAAUAAGGACAGGAGACACUGAAAGGUUUAAGAUUGAUGGUUGUGAGGAAAUGUGGAGGAAGAUGUGAGUAAAGGUGACGUAUGAAAGAAAGGAGAGUUUUCAAAAAAGGGCAAAGAGGAGGAGAGAGGGCGUCUGAAGUCCUGACUGAGACUAAAUAGUUUGUCAGAGCGGCUUAAUGCCUCACUUCCCCAAAGAGCCUCCUGAGAUUACCUGGACUGUGGACAGACAUAACCUGUCAACACUCAGCUGGACUGAUUGAUGGAAAAGACAGAGACAGGUGUGUGUGUCUGUGUGUGUAUAGGUGUGUUUUUUCUGUGUAUCAAGGUGUGUGGGUGUGGGUUUCUGUGUGUCUUUGGGGUUACAGUAUUGAAUUGACCUUUUCCCUGCGGAGAGAAUAGACUCAAGGGAUCAGCCGUAGUAGAGCUGUACUCAGUGUGUCAGCGGAGACUGUCACUUAGAUAGUGUGUGUCCGCGGGUGUAUGUGUGUGUGUGAGCGUGAGCGAGCGAGCGAGCAAAGGAGUGAAAGAAAGAUGAUGAGAAGAGUGAGAAAAAGUAGCCUGAGUUCUGAGUUCAUUUUAUUGGUUGUACAUGACAAGGAGAGACUCAUUUUUUUUUUGUCAUUAGCUUCAUCAGCGCGUGUCAUCUCAUCCCGUCCUUUCACUCCUCACACUCAAACUUCAAUAUAAUCUUAACAGAAAAUUGAAGCCGCUCAUUUCACAUUUACACGAUAUUUCAGUAACCCUGAGUAUUCAGAGGAUAAUUCAGAUUUAUUACAACUCCAGUCUCACUUUUGUCAUUUUAACCAUCAGACCUGUCAGUAAUAAAAACGGCACUCUCCAAGUUAAUUGCUAAGUUCUUUGAAUGUGCAGAGAGACGGGGCAGUAGAAGUCAAAGUGGAAAAAAAGGACAUGAUUGUAAGUGUUAAAUUAUACAAAUGCUAAACAAAUUUUCCAGAUUUGCUCAGACAGGAGGGAAAUGUGGAAGGUCAGGAUGUACCAGAGGGAUGAUUAGGGCAAUUCUUCAGACCAGACAGGAUUUGAUGAUAGUUGCAUGAAAGCUACAUGCUGGUUUUUGGCUGAACUAGAGCCGUUUAAAAUUUGAUGGUGAGACGUCGUGUCAAAAUCCUGUUCAAUGGUCUUUGAGCUUUUGCUCAUUGAGUGGCAGCAUGACAUUUCCUAAUGCAUAUAGGGGGCGCUUUAAAGGGAUAUUCCGGCGUAAAAUUAAUUUAGGGUCAAACACACCUCCCUUGAGAGAUGAAUGUUGCCGACCGCUUGCUUCUCUAGUUUUACCAACCUUAGUAACGACCGCAGGAUAGUAAUACACAGCGGUCUGAGGAUCCAUAAACAAACUUCAACCAAAACACCACUCUAUAGACACAAAUAAUGAUCAUAAAUGUUCUUCCUUGAGCUGCGUCAUCCAGCAGUAGUCCGUAAUGGACUGGUCUGAGGUCUCGCUACAAACAAGCGGCUGCUGGAAGAGAGUAGGUGAGUUGUGUUUAGUCUCUUUGUUAAAGAAAUGAGUCAAAGUUAAAAAGAUGUUUGGUGUCUAGUGCUGUGACUGUGACCCUAUAUGUCCUGUUGAUGAAGUUAGGUGCUGUUCUGAUCAUUAUUUGUGGCUAUAGAGUGGCGUUUUGGUUGACCGCGUGGAUCCUUGGACCGCUGUGUAUUGCUUUCCUGUAGUCGUUGCUAAAGUUGGUAUAAGUACAGAAGCAAGGUCGGCAACAUUCAUCCCUCGAUGGAGUGUCUAACUCAGCGUUACGGUGUGUUUGAUCCAAACUUAAUUUUACACCAGAAUAUCCCUUUAAUGAUCCAUGGUGUGUGUGGGUCACAUUGGAGCAUGGAUAGCUGAGAUAAAAACUACUUCCUGGGUAACGAAGAAUAUCCCAUUUUAAAGACUUUCUGCAGCCACGCCUUUGGACUUUUAAGAAGGAGUCCAUGAAUUUGUCAUUGUUCAGGUUCCUCUACUGACAAACCUGCUCUUAACCAGAUUGAAUGAAUGUUGUUUAAGAAGAAAAAUGUCAAACAACCACUUAAAAUGAACCAAACAGGUUAUUUUUGACAGUUUUAGUGCACUUCCUGUCAACAUUCCUGUCAACAGCCCUCAAAGUUGCAACAAAUGAUGAAGAACAACAAUCCAACAAAUCAUUAGAAUUUCAUGCCAUAAAUGAAGCAUUUAUAUCUGCAAUCCUUUUCAGGGUCACCGUAUUACUAUGGUGCAACAUCACGAGGGGCAGGCCCUGCUGCCACUGCAACAGCCUCUGCCUACGACCGCCACUGACCCCUCCUACUGAGAGAAGAGGAGGAUGAGGAGAAGAAGACAAGGGAGGAAGGGAGGGAUGGAUAGCACCAACAUUGCUUAAUACAAACCUGCCUACACAAGAGCUGGCUGAGGAUGAAGAGUUUGACUUUUUUGAUGUCAGUGAAGUUUGAAUUUCUUUUGUGAGAUACUUAAACCAACAAACGCACUGUUUGGCUGCAACGCUGACAAAUUGCUGGAUGUGACAUUAAAGUUAGGAAAUAGGCAUGAUAGUGACAAAUGACGAAUAGAACCAGAAGGUUUAAACGUGGUCCCCUCUUAUUACACAACAAGGCAUGGCACUCAAUCAUUUACAAAUCCUUAAAAAAUGACAGUUGCUGAAACCGUAUUUUGAUCUUCUGGGUCCAUUUUUUUGUUUUCUGUCAUUUGCUCAUCAUAUAAUUGUUUGAGCUCUUUUAAAUAGUCUCUUAAUGCCCCAAAAUAUCAAUCAAGUUUCUAUGCCAUGCUGAGGUGGAGUUAAGACAAUCCAAUUCUCCAAACUACAGAUGACCAAAAUCAACCAUUACAUUACCAUUUUAGUCAUUUUUAUUUUCAUAUAACAAUUUUUUCUUCACACAAAGGAUAAUUGGACUUUUUCAUGGUAUUGUUCACUCUCACAACCAGUCUUUUGCUAAAAUCCCCCCGAGUUGGCUGUUUGUUGGUAGGCCUGUCAAGCUCUCUGUUCUUGCAUGUCACUGAAGUGGUUACUGGGAGAUUUACAAUCAAUAAUAUGAGGAUCUUUGAAGUGAAAAUUUUCUUUAGUUUUGACGAAAGUGGAAAAACACACCGUCUCACUUUUAUGCUGACCUUCUCUCCAAAGUUUUUUACAUUUUUGGAAGAUUUUAUCAAAUGAGAGCAGAUAACAAAGAUACUUCACACAACAGACCCUCAACUCAGGCUCUUAGGAAAAUUGACGACCGACUCAUCAGCUGGACUUCAGAUUGUGGGUGCUGUGGCUCCUUUUUUCCACAUUUACUGCCCGUCUUCAGGCUCCUAAAUCCCAUUUGUUUUUAGCUCUACUGUCUGCAUCCAAGUUUGACGAGCACAAACCUAAACAUCCAUUCACUAUCUGAUUGAGUGAUAUUAUUUACCUGUAUUUUUUAACAAUAGCUCAGUCUUUUAAUGUUUAGCAUCUGAAGCCUGUUGCAUCUACUUCACUGCAGCAAAUGGUUUGGACGUAUCUAGCCAUGAGUACUAAAGUAAAUCUGACAAAGUUAAAUCUUCCUCCACCUUUUUGGCUCUUUUGAUUAUCUAAAAAAAGUGGAGAGAUGUGUCUGAGUCUUGAGUUUUUUGGAUCUACAGUUCCGUGCAAAAACACUUGACAGGCCCUCCAUUCUGUGUCUGAGGGAGGUUUUUAGCAAACUGACAGUUUUGGUAAUUGUAGCCACAUCUUUACAUGAAAAACUGCUCCCUAACAUCCAUGUUUAAAAGACAUCAGCUGUUAGACAUGCCUUUCAGUGAAGCACAGCCUACAACCCGAGCCCUUCUCCAAGUUCACAUCAGACCAAAAUCCGACUGAACAGGGAUUGUUUUUGUACAUGAAGGUGCUAUCCUCCCUCCUGAGCCAAGAUAAAGUCCUGAUCAAGAGCUAUUUAUAGUGGAGGAGACAGAGUAAUAUAUUAAGAAGCUUUUCUGCGCUGCACUCUAGUACGAGAGUGAAUGCCUGUAAUGAUUUAUAAUAUGUGUCACGCCGUUGUGCUAGAGUAGUGAUGAUGACAAUGCAGUGAAAAAGAAAUCUUACAAACUGUCGAUGCGAAAAGAAGCCUUUGUUCAUGAAUAUGACCCGACUAUGAUUUUCCUGUUUAGAGUUUGUUGUCUGCUAACAGUCGACACAGGUGCCGUUAAAUAAGACGCCAUUUUUACCUGCUUCCUGCUAUAAAAAAAAGAAGAGUCAGGAAAAGGCGGCACCCUCUCUUUUCUUACUCUGUCUUGCUCUCUUUCUAUUUCUCUCUUUAAACUCCCCAAAGAUGGGCCCCCCCUAGUGGAUCGGCUGACUUACUACAAAAGCACAAAGAGACUCAAUCAUCAUUUAAAGGCGCCAUUUUACUUUUGUGACUUCUUUUCAAAGCCAUGAAGUACGCUUUUUUCUGCUUCUUCUUCUUCUUCUUCUUCUCCCCCUUUGAGUGCUUGUCCUUGUGCUGUUUGACACCCUGAAAAUAUUUCUAUAAAGGCAUUGCUUUUGUGAAAAACAACAAGUGAAACUGUUUUCCUUUUUCUGUUUGUUCCCUGCAUUAGUUCUGCGCUGUGACAAUGUAUGACUCCAGGGUCGAGGCCUUACCCAUCAUGUACAGACAGCGUAGGACAGAUUUGCCCCUGAGCGCUGAUCUGAAAUCAGUGUGUUAUCCCUCUCUAAAGGUUUCGGGGCCCACAGUGUUGAUCUUGUGAAGGGGCAAUAUCUUCCUAAACUGUACGUAAGCUUCCCGUCUCACUUCUGUCCAAACCAGAUUUGCAAUGUAAUCAGUGACCGAGAAGAAAAUUCACAAUGUGGAUAGAAAUUUUAUUUAAUCACAUUUGAAUUUAGAAUUGAGUGACAAAGUUUCCUUUAAGAUAAAAAGACUAAGAGGUUUGUGGUGUUAUUUUAGCCAUUGUCUGCAAGUGUGUACACAUCUUGAGUUUCUUUGUUUGGUUUGGGUUUGUGUGGCUGACUGUAGCGCAUCAUUGCUACCGUGUAGUUCUAUUAGGAAACAGGUUGGAGACACCGAAUCUUACGUGUCAGACAUUAAAUAUAGUUCUAUAAACAUAAACCUAUAAACACUGGACAGAGCUGUUAGUUUUUCAGUCUUUGUUGUUUUUCGGUUUUGAAGUAUAGUGAUUAAGUGUCUCCUUUUACAUUUGUAGACUUUAAAAAGUUGUGUGCACACAACUCGAAGGAAGAUUCUUCUGACGGCUCGCCUGCUGGGGUGCACGCUGGCAGCCCAGCAGGAGCCUUUCCUUAUUUCUGUCUUUCUCUCUUGAUCUUUCUGAGGCAUUAUUGAACCUGAACCACACCAGCUGAAAACAAGGACAGUGCCUUUAGUUUUAUAUGUCAACACCCCCAACUGACCACGUAACAUUCAAGUAAAUAUAUAGAGUCCCUUCUUGCAACUUUUGGAACAAGGCUCUGCCUGUUAUGCGCACACAGGGUUGUAAUUAUAAAAAAGCCUUCCACAAAUACCGAGCAUUCAGUAAUUUCAUCGCCAAACUUCAGAUUAUGAUUUAUUCACUGUUCCAACAGCAAUGUUGCAGAUCUGAUUCAAUGAUCUAAAGCCUUGAUCCAGCAAAGAACACCGUCUUUCGUCAGUAUUUCCCAGAACCCUGACAUUUUAGUCACAGAUUCGGUCAUAAAACAAUGAAAUCCUUCUGCUUUAAAAUCAACUUAGUAAUGUAUGAAUCAUGUCAGGUGGCUUGAAAAAUAACAAAACACAACAUGUCGUCUGAUAAAAGUGUAUCGUAUCACAAUCAGUCUGUCAUUCUGCGAUUGAAGUUUUAAAAAAAUUGAGUUUCUGCAGUACUACUUCCAGCCACCGGUGGCAGCAUCGAGCAGUUCACUGAGAGAGCAGAAAACAAGCCCAAGCAUUGACAAAACCUUUCUUAGAUGGAGUUUGAAGAUCUUGGCAAAAAGCCAUAGCCUUGACAUUUAGUGCCAACAUGGAUGGUCCUCAGAGGAAAAGUCUUCAAGUCCCCUGACCUCUUGUCCCACCAGCAGUUCAAACUCUCAACCAUUCUUGUGAACAGAUCCCCUAAAGGUGUCUAAAUGUGUAGGUUUAAAAUGCACAUCAAAUAGUACCUUUUAGACCUGCUUUAUCAUCCUUCCUGGGGUAAUUUUUUUGCGUUGGAAAAUCUUCUGAAGUGAUUUGUUGGGCUGGUCUCUUGACUGAAAUGUCAAAGUUCUGGGAGAUAUCGAUGCACAAACACGAUACAGGCCUGAAUGAGGGCCAAACAGUUCCCAACGAGGAGGUUGAAACUAAAAAAACUCACAUAUAGUCUACAAAAAAGGCCAAAUAAGUGAUCAUUUAAUAGCUUUUAACCAGCUAGAGCUCCCUGUAAAUGUUUUCACACUCACGCACAAAGAAAUAUUGAUUGAAAGACGUUCUCCUUGAGGAGGUGAAUCUCGCCAUACCUCUUGCGUUUGCUCACGAGACACCAAACCGUCCACAGUCAACGUCCGUUCUCUGGUGAAGCCAAGAAUCCAGUGAUACAUUAACAGGAUUAUUUGUUGACUAUGCAUCUCAUAGUGACACAGCUUGCCUUGCCAUUGCUUUGACCUAAUUGGUUCACAUGUUGAAAGGAUGAGUUGUCAUUGGCCUGCAGUUUGUUUUGAUUGGCGGCCGUGACAUUGACAGCAGCAGUUAAGGGGUGGGGGGGGUGCUGUCAUUGUGGGUGGUACUGUUUAGGAAGCACAGUGAACAGAGGCCACGUACACACACAUAAAUAAAAGUACAGACACACUCUCUCCCUCCCUCUCUUUGUCCUUUGUGGAGUGUCGAACGCCCCCCCCUCGUGCCCCUGUGUUCCCCAGGGGAGGCCAAACCUGCUGUGCCAUCAGAAGCUCUCACCGUCUUUCUUCUCCCCCUCACUCGGGCCUAAUCUCAUCAUAUCUCAAGCUCUCGUCUCCUCCUUCUCCCCUCUCCUCCCUUCCUGUACAACUGCCACACCACAAGGAUUAGGAAUAUUAAAACUAUUCUGUUGAUUUCAGGCUUGUGACCUUCUCCAAAAGUCCUCCCUCAGUCUUCAUCCUUUUUUCUUACUUUUCUAUCCGACUAUUCAGACAUACUGCUUACUGUCCUGUCAGGAAUCCUGCAUGGGAAUGAAGCAGGGUGUUUUGUGCCAAAUUGAGGUCAUUUCAAUGGCAAUAUUGCUGCCAGUAUCUUUAUUUAAGCAAGGAAUCUCCUGUGAGAUUGCAUAUCUUCUUUUGCUUUUCUCCUCCUGUAUCUUUAGUGCAUUUUUGAGUCAAAGAAUCACUAGUUUCGGAUCAGACAAAGACAUUUCAGUUAAAUGUCCAUAAAAAUACAAUUCCAUCCUGAUUUUUUUUCUCGCCCCAGCUCCAAAUCAGAUAGGAAACUGAAAGAAAUGCAAAUGAGUUCUUUCUUUAUUAUGAUUUCUCAGCAAGCGCGCACCGCCUGACUGUAUCUCAAUAUGAAUCCAUGAAGAUGGCUACUGCCUCUGAGAAACCUGAGGGGAUUUCAGCAUCAUAUCUUGACAGCAAUUAGUGGCACAAUCUGUUUCAUGCUUGCUGAUAUAACUAGGCUCUGGACAGAUCUCAUACUGAAGUGAUACAAUGUUCUGUACAUCUUAAUAUUAUUCAGCUGUGGCAGAGGAGACGUACACAGGACUCAGCCGAACAAAAAUCAGUUGUGCUUUACAAAGCAGACGUUUCAAUCAAAAGAAAUACAUAGAUGACAUGAGUUUCACCUUACUGUGGCCUUUCGUGUAACAAUCUGGAGUUUUUUGUGUCCAUAGCUUCCUAUCUGGGGUGUUAAAGAGAUAUUUAUAUCUGUAAUGUUUUGGUACACAAAAAGAGCAAACAAAAAGGGAAAUAAAUACACCAGAAUGCAAAGACCAAUUAGGUUUUAACGAUUAAGCUUCUUCAAAAUCUAGUGGGACAAAAACAAAACAUAUCUGUAACAUUCACCAAAGCCUGUGAUGCCUGUUUUAAAUGAAAGAUUCUUGUACAAAAAAAAAAUCGUAUAAAAUAGCAGAUAAGACUUACAGAUACAAACACAAAAUGAAGAUAAGAAAUGCCUUCAAAUAUUCUGGAAGGGAGGAAUUAAAAAAAAAAGUUAAAGAAAAGCUUCUUUAAGAAAAUGUGUAUGUUUUUUAUUCAAUUUUCUAGUAGUUGCAAACAAAACUUGGUGUUUUUUCUCUGUGUGUUGUGUGUUGUCUUAAUAUUUGAAUGUAUUUUACUGCAGUGCAAAUUUGCCAAAGAUAUCAUAUCACUUGAUUUUUCUCUUUUUUUUUUUUUUGUCCUUGAAUUGUUACAAAUUCUGUUCAGAAAACUGGAAAUAAAUUGUGAAUUUGAUGUUAUGAUUAUUUUUCAUAUUUCUAUUGUUAAUUAUAUUAUUUUAUUUCCUGGGUUUAUGUGAAAUAUUGAAUUACAGUUUGCUUGAUGCAUCUCCUCAUACUCAGUCUGUGUACCUGUCCAUCCGUCCACCUGAGUGACUGUUGUUGGUGAAUUUAUUCCAUUUAUGUACCUGUAAUGUGAAGCUAAGAAGUAAUUAUUUGUAAAUAUUUGCCAUAAUUUUAUUGGUCCUUCAGAAUAAAAAAUAAUUUUUUGGAAGUUGAAGCCUCCUGUCAGUACUUAGCUCAUCUAUAUAUUUCUUUCAGAUGUGAAUGGUACACACUCAUGUCCUGAUCGCUGGUUCAUUCACCACAUUCCUCAACAUCCAGACAGUAUUGACAUCCAGAACAGGAGGUGGUUUGUGCCUCAGCGUGACCCCGCAGCGCUGCUUUCAUCCUGGGGACUCUGAUCUAAACUCCCCCCUCCCCUUCCUUCCUCCCACCACUUUGGAUAAAAGUGGUGUCCCAGCGCUGCAGUCUUGGCUGCGGGCCGAGUCCAGGAGAGGGCAGAGGUGUGUGUGUAUGUGUGUGAGUGAAGAUUUAAGAAGGAGGAGGAGGAGGAGGAGUGGGAGAAAGGGUGAUAAUAGGACACAAGCCACAACAUGGCCACAACAUGCCAUGCACACAGAAAACAGCACGAACCAUCUUGAGACACAGACUGGUAUGUCUGAAG